GCCCCUCCCUCCACCUCCCGUCGCUCCCAUCAUCAGCCUCCCCUCAUCCACACCGUGUUUCUUCAUCCAGGAAGCGCGUCGGGCUGUCGGAUGCUCUGCAGGAAUGCCUGGGAGAGAGAGCAUCCCUUCUGUCCGUUUCUGAGAGAGAGAGAGAGAGAGAGAGAGCGAGAGAGAGAAAUAGAGAGAGAGAGGUGGAGGAGAAGAGAGGAGAGGAGGAGGAGGGGAGGCUAUAGGAGAGAGGAGCAGACAUGGCUUCUAGAGAGAUCACUGGUUUCGUGAGUGUGACCAAGGAUAUCACAGGUGGGUACAGCCUGCUUCUUUCGCCCCGUGUGUGUGUGUCUUGUUGCGGGCUGCAGCUGCCGUCCCUCCCGGUGCGUCUGCGCUCGGGGUUGGGAUGCUUUCCCCCCGCGCACCCGGCGGAGGCUGCACCGAGCAGACGUAUUGGAUGAUGAGCGACAAGCUCACAUCUUGUCCUGAAGCCUUUUCCUGCACAGUGCAUGAGAAUGAGUUAACGUACGGAUGAAUUAUUUACAAAGCAGGGAAAUCUACCCUGCUUUAAAUCAGCCCCUGGGGCGGAUCAGGUAAUAAACCCCCUGGUUCACUCCCCCAGCCUUAGGCCAGAGAGGAAAAGGGGCGUAGAGGAAAUGUUUCUCUGUGUGUGCUCGUGGCUUUAAACGCGGUUUGUUCCCGGUUCUAACCCGGUGAUCCAGUGUCUGUACUCCUUUGUGAACCUGAACCAUUCAGUGUUUGCUCUUUGUUUUUUUUCUGCAGCCCAGCCAGCCUCAGCUUUAUAGUGAUUGCGCGCGUACAUGCAUGAGCGCGUGCGUGCCAAAGUGAGGGCUGUUAAAGGCAGAUGUUGUCUGUCUCGUGCCAGCAAAAAUACACGAGCUACACAAACCCAGCAGCGCGCGGAGUGCACAAAUAUUUGUUCAUUCGCCUCAAACAGCAACAGCUUGCGCACAUGACACAGUAUCAGUGUGCGGCACGAACAUGCGCACAGACACAUGCUCAGGGUAGCCGGGACUCUGCUGCUGUGUUAAUUACUCCUAAUGGCUCUAUUAGGCUCUCCUUGAUGAUUAAACCAGAGGAAUCCCGACCUCCUUGUUCAGUCACCUGCCGCGCACUGCUCCGCCCCCCUGUGACCCGCCUCCUGCUGACUGACAGGCGCGAGGAGCACCAGGGGCCACUUGGGCUAGUGGCCUGCACAAGGUCACCUGAAUGAGAGCUCAGAUCUGCAUCUCCUCUCUGGAUUGUUGGUAUUCUAGAUUUUCACCACUCUGAUCCUUUGGAGCUGUCUCUGAAAGUCUGUCACAGACUCAUUUGUAGAAAAGUUUUGCAGAAUGUUGGAAGUUUUGAGAGUCAGUCCUACUGUCCAUCCUCCUUUUCCUAAACCAGCAGUUACACGCUGCAGUGGGGUUCAGCUGAACAGCUGUCAAAGAAAUGUUCGUUUCCUUACUAUAAUGAGAGAAGCAGUCUUGCAAAAGGAACAUUUCUGCAUUGCCGGAAAAAAGUGCAAGACUCUUAUUUAAAAGUAAAGAAAAUGCAGUGUCACCAGCAAAUGUUCAUCUGGAUUACUGUAAAAGUUGCAGUCAUAUGUAUGCAGUGUUUUUGUGACAUAAGAUGCACUACCGUGAUUCUACCAACCACAAUCCCAAUGAAGAUGAGACACUAAUUUACUUGAUGCUGUGUCACAAAAGAUAUUAGUGUUUAGAUUUCCUGACUUCCCUGAAUGCAUCAGAAAUGAUGGCCCUGGCCUCCAUUCAACAAACAUUUUAAGACUUGUCCUCUUCUCUUGUGGACAAACCCAGCAAAACUUGACUUUUGAAUUGUUACCAAUCUGCAUCAUGAUGUUAUUUCAGCAAAUAAAGUUCUAGGGGUGCACAAUAGUGAUAAAAAUAAUCAAGGUAUUUGGGGAAAAUUUUUUACAGAUGAUGAUAAUUGAUAAUGUCAUACAUCCCUCAAAAACAAGACAGCAGCUAAAAAAAAGUGUUUUAGACGGAGGCUGAAAUAAUGAUAUUUAAAUACACCAGAGUGGGAAACACAAGAAUUUUUUUAAUUUGAAAAUCAUGAAAAGCUAUUAAAGAGGUUGAAUGAUCGUUCAGCAACUGGAAAGUUGGCGCUUCAAUUCCCCCCUUUCCCUAGUCUGUCCAUUGUGUCCUUGGGCAAGGCACUUACCCACCUUGCUCCCAGUGUGUGUCCUCCGCCGGUGUAUUCAUAUGUACGUCACUUUGGAUGAAAGUGUCUGCUAAUUGACAUUGUAAUUUGUAAUCGUUUGUAACUUGUCUAGAGUGUACUUCACCCCUUGCCCAAUGACAGCAAGGUUGGGCUCCUGCACCCUGCGACCCAGAGGCCUGUUGCACCAGCUGUGAACAAGUUGUGUUUUAAAUUAGAGUGUUAAGUCCACUCUGAGCCAUACGCUGAAACUAAUUCAGCUGUAGCUCACAAUUUGUCUUUACAAUUGUCUGCUGAAAUCUGACCAAUGCAGAGGAAUGAAAAGUACAAAAUUUAUCUGCAGAACUGCAUGAAGAAGAAGUAAAAUGCCUUAAAUGGAAAUAAUUUAGCAGUGAGGUACUGGAAUGAAUAUUAAAGUAUAAGCUGCAUUCAUUAACGCUGAACUUUGCCAUGUGGACAAUUAAUGCGCAUCAUCAAAGUGGAUAAAUGUAGCUCCAUUAGGAUUAGAAAACGUACUGUACCGUCAGCAUUGAUCUUCAACGCUGAUAGAUGUGUUUUAUCUCAAAUAAUUAGUACUGCUACGUGUUCAGCUUGACUAAAAUGGCAAAAACAGUUACUGAAUGUUCCCCCAAAGGCUACAUUAGUAGCCUUGAGUAUGUUUUUAUUCACAUCUAAAAAUACUCUGUUUACUAGCAACAAGGAGGCAAAGGAAUAACAAAAAAUCAUGUUUUAGAAACUGGAAAAACUGAAUUUAAAACUUUUUUUUCAGUACAUUUUCUCCAGCUCUAUUAAAGACAGUCCACACUCUCUCUAUAAACCUUCAAAGCUCUCUAUCCAGAGUGACCUGAUCGACUCCAGCAUCAUUUUACAUGCUGCAGAUGCUUCAGUAAAAUCAUUUUGUCGUGUGUCUGUGUAAUGUGUUGUGUCUCUGACAGUGCGACACUUCCCCUGGCUCAGGUUGUGCGGGGUCAGAGGUCACAGCUGUGACGAUAAUUCUGUUUAACAGGAACGUUUCUCGCUGAAUCACACAUACACACACCAACACACACACACACACACACUGAUGUCUGAGCCGCUCCUGUGAGGACAGAGAUCUCUCGCAACCAUAUUGAGAAGCUUCUAGAUGACUGUGUUGCUCGGUGAUGGCUUCAUGUUGACUUUGAGACGUACAAAAGAGAAUAAUUGUCGUAUUCAGAGUUAGUUUUGUGACUAUUCAGAAAAAGUCUUGAAUGGAUAAAUGGAUGAAUUGUGUUUUGAAUCGCAACACAAAACCUUGUUCGUCUCUUUGUUUAAAGUGUGCAGUAUUUAUCAUUUUGUGAAUGAUCUUUCCUCAAACUAUCCGACUGUGUACAGAUGGAGGUUUGUUGGGUUAUCUUAUCUCUCUGUGAGAUGUCACAGUGGCCCUGUACUUGUGAUUUUCUGAGUUUUCCCAAGUUAGAUGAACACGUGGAUGGAGAUCUGUGCACCGUGAAGGUCAAUGGUCUUAUUAAGCUAAUGCAAAAGAAGCUAUGUCUCUUCUUUGGAAAACUGAACUAACAUCUGCUUAGUUUUAAAGAAUGAGUAUAAUGUUUUUUAUUGCUUAUUGUGUCAAAUAAGUACGGUGCUCUUCUUUUUAAGAAUCUAAUCACUCACUAACAUCUGAUGGUUCCUGUUUAAUGCAAUGGCAUUUUCACUUUUGAAGAGUUCCUGUGUGGUAUGGUGGUUUGGUUCUAUCUCAUGCUGCACAAUAUUAAAAGAAACUAAUAUUGCCUUUCCUUAAAUCUGAUGACAUGACCUUGACUUUUAGAUUUCUCAUUUAAAUAAAUAAAAGUCUGAAAUCCUGACUGAGAGGAAAGAGGCAGUACCAAAGUGUUUAUUCUGUCAAAGGUUUUGCUCUGUUUUAAAGCCUAUCAAUGGAUCGUCACGUCAUUAUCUUUGUGGUGGCCAGUUAUAUGCAUGAAAAUAUUAUUCCCUGUGAUGGCAAAGCUAGGCUGACACUGUAUGAUUUUAUUAAUAUACAAUAUCACAGAUGGAUGUUAACUCGACCUCUGCAGAUGAAUCACUCACAGCAGUGGUCUCCAACCUUUUUAAGCCCAAGAUCCCUGACCUCCACCUUGGUGACAGGCGAGAUCUACCUAUUGAAGCGUUGAAAUAAAAAGACAGCCCAGGUUGUACUUCCAACUUGACGCCUUUUAUUCUGGCUAAUUUGAAUUACAUGAAAUGCUUUGGUCCAACAUUCAUAUUCAUGCAACCAAGAAAACACUGUAACUAGCAUAUCAAACUGGCCAUAGCUGUGCUGGUUUGAAAAUUCUACAACACAACAACUUGAAUUAUUCACUUUCAUUUCAACACAAAAAGCAAAGGCAUGUGACCUAUAUUCCACUUAUAUGGAGACACUAUUUUGUUUAUGGUAGACAAAUGGAUUGUAUCAUGUGUUAUGCUUGUCCACUAAAGCUUCAUUCAUUAAUAAUUAAUAUUAGCAUUUUAGAAAGUAGAACUGCAAACAAAAUUCUCAGUCAGUGCAAUUAGGCCAAGUACACACAAAAAUUAAGCUGUGGCCUAUUUCCUUUUUUAUGUGCCACACACACACAUACACACACUGACAGUGAGCCAAAUCACAUGCUAAUUACAUAAUAUCUAUUAAAAAACAGAACUGUAAUUGUGUGUGUUGACUAACCUUUAUUCAGUAUAAAUAAGCUCAGUACAGUUACGCCCCAUCUUAUGCAUCAUUAACUUUCACAUUGCCAACUGUCAUGUUAUUCGACCAGGUUAGUGACAUGGCUGUGACUGCACACUGUCUAUGAGUGCUUUGUAGUUUGGUUCACAGCUGCUGACAGCCAGUCUGAGACAGUCUGUGAGGUGUUUGUCAGUAAGACGGCUCCUGUACUUUGAUCUGAUUAUUUUCAUCUGUGAAAACGCCACUUCACAGAGGUGAGUGGAUCCAAAGUAGGCACUCACUCUUAGCGCACAUGAAGUGAGGAGGGGAAACUUCUCCCUGCUGACAAGUCCCCAAAAGUCACUGUCCCGUGAUCAUGCUUUCAGCUCAGCGUCAUUUUGCAAAUCAACCAUCUCCGUGUUGACCCCACUAGGCAGAGCAAAUACCUGCUGAAAUUUGGCUGCUACCUGUUCUACAUCAAUGGUCGGGAAUGGGUUUGAGACAAAUGUGGGAAGAUCUUCCAUGACGUCUAAUUCACCAAAUCACCGACUGAACUCUGCUGCCACUUGGUCCAAGUUAACGCACUUCUGCUCAGGGUGAAAAGCGUCCUUAUCAUUGAUGGCCUGUGAUGUUUUUUCCAGGUUGGAAAAGUGUGCCAGCCUCUGUUUUUCAGAUGUUUGUUGAAAACACUGAGUUUGGCCUUGAACACAUUUAUCAUGUGGGGCAGGUGUCAGUCUUUUCCCCGGAGCUGGUUGUUCAGUGUGUUCAGUUUUGCUGUCAGGUCUGUCAGAAACCCCAGGACCAUCAGCCACUGAUCUUCUGACAGCUCCUGGUGCUCCUCGUUCCUUGUCUCCACCAAAGACUUUAUCUCAGGCAGGAAAUCAACAAAUUGCUGCAGCACUUUGUUGGGACUCAACCAUUGGACAUCAGCAUGAAGGGGUGGGUCUCUGGCAUUGAGCUUAUCCAGUAAUGCUUUGAAUAAGUGGUGCUGAAGCACUUUUGCUCAAAUUGAGCUGAUCAGUUUGAUCACCAGAGUUACGACCAAAACAGCUUUUUGAGUGCAGGACUUUGAAUCUAAAAUAACAAGGAAUAAAUUGCCAUGAAAUAAAAGGAAAAAAAGUGUUAACCACACUAUGUUGGUUUGACACAUGUUUUAAAGUCAUACUCAUCCAUGAAUAUGAUAAACAAUCAUCACCUUUCUGACAUGGCAGUAAAAGCAAAACAUGUUGAAGCUCCACAGAGGUGUAUUAUAUGGCAGAGCUGUUGUAUUGGAUGGCUUUGAAUUGCAGGAGUGGUCAUCAUGUUUUGUAGAUCUGUGCCUGUAUGUCCAUUCAAGCUUUUCCCGUCAUGCAACAUUUUUCAGGCUCUUUCUACUGUUUUGCACCGGCAUGUUGUUGUGCUUUCACUGUCAAAAAUUCUGACAUGCCAGAAAUUCAUCUGCCCGGAUGGGAAAUGUUGAUUGAAGCCAAAAUGGGCUCCUGCACCUCUUUGCGUACUGCACAGCACACAAUGCAGGAUCAAGCUGAAAUUCUUCCAAAUUUAGCAUUGCCACCGAAAAAUCUGAUCCAAAUUGGCUUCAGUUCCCACAGUGUAUGCUCAGUUUAAGGCAUCUGACUUGUUACAGCUUGCCAAUUUGAGGAUGCCCUUUAGACCUGAGUCUUCUAUGUUUACUGGCCUGCCGUCAGUUUCCAUCUAUUUAGCUAGUGCUGUAGUCUACAAUUUAGUGUCAUCAACAGGAUUCACACACUGUAAGAUUUGGUUUUAUCAGCUAUUGUGAUGAGGCUCCCCACUGACAUCAGUCUGAUUAUCGUUACCUGUAAUUUUAGCUCAUGGGUGUGAGCUCAAACUCAGAGUUCUUGGAUUAUAUUUUUUGUUUUUGUUCAACUGAAAGGGAAUUUUAGUUUUGACUUGUCAGUUAAGCUUCCUGAAAGAUUUGGAAGUAACAUGCUGUUAAUUAAUUUGUACCUCAUUGAAUUACGACUAAUGUGAAUGCAGACAGCUCCUGUUUUAAGCAGACAAUAAAAUCUCCCUAAUGAGUUGUUAUGUUUAAUUUAGAUAAUUCUGGAAACUACGCUUUAAGGUACAAUAGGUGGAAAACAGAAAAGUGUAGUAAUAUCUAGCGGUCAGAAUCUGGAUUGAAACACUCCCUUGCUCAUCCCUUUCAUUGAUGAAUUAAAGUAGCCUUUGAGGUGAAGAAGUACGAUCCUCUAUUUGUCAAAUAAACUAUCAGACCAGAACAGCGACCUGUCUUUUUCUUCUUUGUCUUUAAACUGCUGCAUCCUGCACUCAAUAGCUGCGUUUACAUGGGCCAUAAAAUCCUACUUACAAUCAUAUUAAAUGCUCAAUGAGAUUAAAAAUGUGUCAUGUCAUGUACACAUCGAAGCAGAUCCGAUUCACUCAGAUCGUAUAAAAUUUCAGAUCUGAUUGUAGGAGGUAUUGUACACCAGUUGACAGUAUGAUUGAUGCAAAGAUAUAAAUGGCUGAUUGGAUCGUAUUCAGUUGAUAGACUGGAUUAUUUGUUCUGCACAAGCCCCUAAAUACGUAUGAUCACAUAACGAUGCGAGCAGGAAAUAGGAAACCCAGAAGUUAUGACCAAAACACAAUAAAACAAUAAGAUAAAUAAAUAAAUAAAUGAUAAAACUCUAAGUGGAUCCAUUUGCCAGAUGGAUCAAGAAGCUGGAAACAGAAGUGCACCUCUUCUUCACUCACACCUUUGAAGGUAGAGAGGCUUUUUGCGCAUGUCGUAGGAGCUUAUCAAUCGGAUUCAGCUGGGCUCAUGUAAACACGGACUAAACGUGGAUUGCUUUAUUUUAAGGUCAUACACAGGUCACAUCCAAUUCACUCAAUAUGAUUAUUUUUUAAUCGUAUACAUAUGUUCAAAUUGUACACAUAUGUUACUAUCAUUUUAUUCUGUGCCACUCUAAGUAAAAAAAAAACACAAAAUAAAAUACAUUUAUAUGCGGGUGAUAUAUUUGAUUUUUGAUUUGUAGGAAUCCGGUUUUUAACUCUUUACAUCUGUUUUGUGAUUCUCUGCAGAGAGCAUCAAGAAGACAAUCGACAAAUCAGCAAUUAAGUUUGUAUAUGGCAUCAAGCUGGACGCCAAAAAUGGAAAAACGGAGGACAGGAUCCUGGUGAGUUUCUGUUUAAGUCUUUUUGAGCCUCUGAGCUUCAUUAACAAACUGGAAUCCUUGCUGGAGUCGGCUGCAUGCAUCAUGUAUGUACUGUAUCUUUGAUGUGAACUUCCUCUGCCGUCUUAAUGGAUCUGUGACUGCAGAGGUUCCUGGAAACUUUUUAACUGCUUUCUAACUGCAGCCUGAUUUCUACUGCCGGAUGAAUAUUGGAUGGACAGUUUCUCUAUGGAGACAGUGGGGGGGCCGUGAAGCUCGCAGCCUUUUGAUUCAGGGGCGCUUUCAUCACAGAAAAUGGGACUCAGAUAUGAAAUCUCUAUUUGAAGCUAAGCCAGAAGUCUGGAUAAAAUCUGAGCCAAUCAGCUCGUACAUUAUGGACCAGAACUUAGAUUAGGCGCUUCAGGAAUUCCUCUCUGUUCCGGAGAGAUUGACUUUUAUUUGUUCAUGAAAGCACAACACCUCAUGCACACUGCUGCUCGUCCACACAGCCUCUAUUGAUCGAGUGCUACUUUUUAAAGAGCAACUAAACCACACCUCGGCAUGUGCAAAGCCCAACACAACUCCCUGUCCAGCAGCAGUGAAGUCAGCAAGGUUUUUAUUCUGUUUAAAAGACUAAUGACUCUUCUUGCCCCUCCUGCAGUCCCUCCCCUGGAGAGCCAAUGAGCUUUCAUCCUCAGCCGAGCGAGCCCCCACUCAAUAAAAGCUUUAAAGGCGGGUUUCUGCAUGUACAGCCUUUGAUAUUCAGACACUUUGAUAUGUCUAUCGGCCAGAAAAUCUUUCCAAUAAUCUCUUUCCAAUCCAUGUCCCAUUUCCUGCUUCCUCUUUAAAGCUGCAAAAUAAGAGUCUGCUUCCUGCUGGGAGCAGAAAGAUAGAUUGGAGUUCGAUCAAACAGGAAAAGCUGAGCUUAAAUGGGAUUUCUGGUAUUUUUAAACCUGGGCUCUGUUUUUACAUAUUAUGUCGUCCAAAUUACUAACAGGUACAAAAAGCUUUGAAAUCACUCCAGCAGAUUUUUUUCAGCCAGCAGUCGUGAUACCGCUAAACUGGCUGCCGCCUGAUUUUUCAAGCAAAUUUACCAAAUCCAUUUAAAGUACUUUUAUUUCCUCUGACAGGCACAGGUUUUUAUUUUUAGAGUCUGAUAGCAUUGCCAAAAGGAUCCCAACAGAGAUAGACCUCUUUGACGAAGAAGGAGAUGAUUUAUAAAUCCAAAUAUUGAUGCUCUUUGCUGUCUUCAAAGCUCCAGUAGUCCUGUGGUCUACCUGUGCUGACACUGGUCAAUAUGUUUGUGACUUAGUGAUAAAAACAGUGACAGUAUUUGUGGAACGUAGAGAGAUCACAUUCAUACGUUAACUGUAAAUGAUUGGGUAUCACUUUAGAAACACAUUACCAAAAUUAAAGAAUACUUUCUUGACGUUGUCACUAACCAGACCCCUAUGACUCCUGUCACUGACAUUCGAGUUUAUAGCCGAGAUUCAUGUUGAAAGUCUGCCAGUCCUGCCACAGAGAAGAUGCCACGAUCCAAGCUCAGACAAAGAUUUAAUCCAAACACAUUAAAAGUAUAUCUACAGAGAUCCACAGAUGACCUCUAAUCCACAAAGGCUCUACACUCCAGCUAAAGUUGUCUAGAUUCAUCAUUAAAUCUUCUUUCACAACUUGCAAACUGAAUAAAUGAUCAUUAAAAGUGUCUGUAUCAAUAAAUAAACCAGUUUUCUUCCCAAUCUUCUUAGUCCUAGUGUAGUUGUAACAGAUAGAAAAAAAAUUUCUCUCUUAAUUUUCAUGUUUUUUGGCAGAGAUUUUUAUAGUAUACUGACUAAUCUCACCAAAAUCUGUCCUGUGUUCUCAUGUUUCUGUGAGUUAAUCAGUUGUUAUAUUUUGCUAGCAAAAGCAGCACUGAACUCUGUGAUGUAGCCCGCUAAAUGACAGAUAGUUUAAUGUCUCAUUCCUAUGUUACCUGUGUGUAGAAAUUGCUGGAGCAGAAGUGGCUGAGAGUGACAGUAUAUUCCUCUUAAAUGGUGUGUUGUUACCAAACAAGGGUUCAUUUAUGACUGGUCUAUCACACAAUGCAAGAAAUACUGUUUGCAUGAGUCUGAGCACAAGGUUCCUGAAAAUAAGGGCUCAAACAGGACUCAAGAAUUGAGUAUUUGAAAUAUUAUUAAAAAAUGUUGCAGGUUUUAAAAUGUCUGAAUUUUUCUUACAGUGUGUUCAGGAGGUUGAGGUGAAAGAAAGGAGGUAUAUGUGCUGUUUGGCUCUGUCACUGUUGAUCGGUUAGAUAUUUCUCCAUGAAGCCUCAUAUGAAGUGUCAAACAAGAAAAGAUGAGAAUAUCUGUCCUGUAGCAUCUCUCCUGUGUAAUUAUUCUCCACAAUAAGAAGGGUAUGUGUGUGUGUGUGUUUGUGUGUGUGUGUGUUUGUGUGUGUAUGUGUAUGUGUAUGUGUGUGCUUGUGUGUGUGUGGUGUCUCUUUGAUGUGAAUACUGUCUGCUGCAUCAGCAUGAUUCACUCCUGUUUACUCUGCGCUCCCUCUCUUAACUAUCACCCGUGACCCCAGCUCAUCCCCGUAAUGUGAUACAAUCUGCUCCUUUUAAUCAGCUCCUUCAGACACACAUAGAUCCACCCCCCCCCCCCCCCCCACCUCUUCUCCUCCCCCCUCCUCUCCCCUCACAUGCUGCACACUUUGAGUGACUUCAUCUCAGACACCUCAGUCGCUGCGUGGGAGUACGAGGCUGUCAGCGUGUUGCUUCUAAGAGGUCUGUGUCAAGCUCCUCUCCAAAAUAUGAACCAGCAGAGUGGGAGAGCUGUGAUUUAAUUACUGCUUCUCAUUGGGGAGAGACACAUAAAGGGGGGGGGGGGGGGGUAGUAGUCCUUGGGGAGUGUUUUAGCAGAGCCAUCAGAGAGGAUGGAAUAAAUGAUUGGGAGCGACGGAGCAGAAGAGGAGAGGAGAAAGAGCAGAGGGCAGGGCUCAGGGGCUGUUGUGCAGCAGUGAAAUGCCAAAGAAUCAGCGCUCUUUGUUUCAGAGGGAGAGACUUUGACUUUUUCAGGAUGUGAAAUGUCGCUCAUGAACAGGAGUCAUCUGCAGAAUCAGAUGUAUCCCACAGCUGCAUGACACAGUUGUGUCCAUACAGUGGCCAGGAGGGUGCAGAGAUGCCGCUUGAAGCACCAAGAAGCUUUGAAUUAGAGUCGCGUCUAAAGUCCCAUUAACUUUGCAUCACACACACAAAAAAAUAUCCUACACACUUCAGACUGUAGACAGCAAAUUAGUAGAGGAAGUGCUGCCAGAAAAUGCAAAUUUGGCAUCUUGACCCAACAAGGCCAGCUCUGGAACAGAUCCAAUCACUGCUCUGCAAAAAAUCAGAUCUCAAAAAUAGGAAAGGAAGCAAUGAAGCCAGAAAAAUAAAUGGCAGGUAAAGUGUCACAAGUUAAAACUACCUUGUGUCAAGGGUUCAUAGAUGCUGUAAAACAUGUGCAUUUAGUCUAAAUGUAAUCAUGAUUAAAUGAUUCAAAAAAAGUUUUUUUUUUUUUUUAGCAAUUGAAGAAAACAUUAUUGAAUUUUGCAGCUGCUACCUAAAGCAAAUACAGAUUUAGGAUGAGAUCUUGUUAAUGUGUCAUUCACAUCCUCCUGGUAAAAGAAUGAGCACUGAUCAAGACCUUAUAGUAAUUUGUAUUUAUAACAAAUGUCUGAGAUUAAUAUUUUUGAUACUAAUCUAAAAAUUUGACAUUGAUUCACUUGGUAACAGAGGCACCACUUUCAGCAAGAAAAUUGUUUCGAUUACAAACAUUACAUCAAUCUCAUAUAUUAAGCUGGAGUCCUUUUGGGGGACACCAAAGAAGGACUAGCAGACAACAAUUUAAGAAUAAGUUUCAUAUUUAUUACAUUAUAAAGGAUUUCACAACAUGAAGAUGGAAAAAGAUGAUAAAAUUAUAAUGAAGAUUAAUGAUUGAUGAAUGAAAGGUUUUGGGUUUCAUAAAAAAUUUAAGGAUUUGAGCUCUUUUACUGCUAACACUUUAUCACAAGCUGCAAAUCUAUCAAAACAUUCAGUCUUUUAAAGCUUUUAGAAACCCUCCCUUAAAACCCCAAGGCUUUGGCUUGUGCUUUAUUCUGAACUGUCCUCUACUUUUUUAGCAGUUAGCGCUCACUGACCUGUGAUGUCUACAGCAUUUCUCGUUGUGCUCAUCCUGUCCCUUGGCUUUUCAGACACACACAAACACACACACACACACACACACACACACACACACACACACACACACACAGACACACACACACACACACACACACACACCUGUCACCUCCUGCUCCUCUCCCUGUUCUCCACUCUUCUCUUGCUCCGCUCCCUGCUCUCAUCUCUCCUCCUACUCUACUUGUUCUCCUCUCUCCUCCUCCUUUCCCUGCUCUCCUCCUUCUGCUCCUCUCCAAGCCCUCCUCUCUCCUCCUCAUGCUCCUCUCCCUGCUCCCCUCUCUCCUCCUCCUGCUUAUAUCCCUGCUCUCCUCUCUCCUUCUCCUGCUCCUCUCCCUGCUCUCCUCUCUCCUCCUGCUCGUCUCCUUGCUCUCCUCUCUACCCAGUUCAUCUUCAGGGUCAAAGCCUGACAUGUGAACUGUGGAGCUCACUCAAGAGUGCUUAGGCUAGCCUCAGUCUGUUUCAGGCACAAAUAUGGAAGAGAAAACCUCUCCCCAACUGCUUAAAUGUAAAUGUUUAUGUAAGUCUGAUGAUGAAAGUUUGAUUAAGUUCAGUCAGACAAAUGUGUUAACUUGAAUUCUAAUUGCCCAAUUUUAGUCAAUCCUCUGAACAAUUGAAUUGUUGCUGUAUCUGUCAGCCCUAGUUCUGUUUCAUAUUGGUUCUGUAUAUCUGUGUGAGAAACUGUUGUAAUUAUUGUACACUAUGUUACAAAAUGCUAGCCUGAGGAUGUUCCAGAUUGUUAACUGGCCUGUUGUCAUUAAUUGUAUUUUAGUUUUGACUUGUGAUCGAGCUGUAUGGGAGUUUUAAAGUGACGUUAGCUGUUUAGAAGAGUAUCUAGGCAGCAGCAGGCAACUGGACACUGUGGCUGCUUAACUAUGGUGUGAUAAAAGGAACAAAAGAGGCAUUUGAUUAAAAGAAAAUGCACAUGUGAAUGUUGUACCUUCAAAUCACCAAGCUUAGCAUGUUAAUGCUGACAAAUCUGGUCCCUAAGUCAAGAAAAUGAGUCUUAAAACCAGUACAACCAGUAAGGUGAUAAUACUGGGUCAGUGUGGUUGAAUCUCAAGUUUGUGAGAUUAUAUGUUGCAGUAUGUUUUCAAGUCACAUUGGGAUAAAGAGGACUCAAAGUUCAGUCAAUAUGUGGAAAAAUGACCUCAUUUCAUUCUCAUCAUUACCAUGGAAACUCUUGAGACUUCCCCCCCGCUGUGGUUGUCACUGUGCUCUGAACUUUUCCAUUAUUCCCAUCCUAUUUGCUCUGCUGCUUUUCUUUAGGUCCUCACUACAUGGCGUCUUUAUUUCCUGGCUCCAAAGAUUCCUGCCAAGGUAUUUCCCACUUCACUCUUGGUCUGCACUUUCUGUCGAAAGAUUUUAUAUCUCAACUGAGAUCUUGAAGCUGUUUGAUAUCUUUGUGUCAACAGGUUGAAUCUACUUUCAACUUCUUGGAGAUUCAAGCUCUGAAUUCUCACCCCGAGCACCAUGUGAGUCUUUCCUGAAACUCUGAAAUCUGCACUCCCUGCUGCUUUGGUACAGUUGAAUGACCAUCCACAGGUUUUAUAAAACAGCAGUUACAUCACCUUAACCUUCAAGAAAUGACAAGAAGUAUUUAUGGCAGUAAUCAAGACAGCUAGAGGGUCGCUCUGUGCUCUCACAAAAACUGUUUUUCUUCUGUGGAUGGUCAGUGCGACAAGAUCAACUACAGAGAGUUGUAUGAAAACUAUUAGUAUGAAAGAGGAGGCCAGAAAAUGAGAAGUUAGGUUGAUUGCUGCAAUUUGACCUAAAAACUCCCAGUUAUUUAAUCUCAGAUCCAACUGGUUUUUGGUCACAGGUCAAAAAUGCAUUUAAGCAUGAAAUGCACCAAAUUAACAAUGUAUCCUCACUUUGAUUGCAAAAGUGGAAAGGUAUGUGAUUUUCCAGGCUUUAUGAAUGGCUAGAAUGAUAGAGAUUAUGCUGAUUACUUUGUCACACCAGCAUUAUAUGAGAUAGCGCAUUGGCCCAAAUAUAAGACAAGUUUCUUUCCUCAACACACAUCUGAACAAGGUGAAAGAUUGAGGAGUUAACUACGUAGUUACAUAAUACUGCUUUGUUUACGAGAUUAUUUUUAAAAUGAAUGUUAGACUGUACCGACAUCAUUUAAAAUCCACUUGCUUUGUGAGACCAGCAGCUCUCCAGUGAUGUACUGUGUUUUUGUAAGAUCCAGGAGUUUAUAUCCCACAAAGAACAUCAUUGUAUUUUCUGUGACUGUUUGAACCAAAUUCCUCAAAAAAAAAAAGGCAACCUGUGAUAAUUUAUGUAUUUUUUUAGCAUCAAAGAAUAGUUUUUAUUGUUAGCUGAAUACUUCAAACAAAAGAUGCCAUCCUUGUUUGUUAAUGAAGCUCAGAGGCUCUGUCAACCAUCAGAGAUUUUAUUAGUAAACAGCUGAUCCGAAAAACGUCCAGUUAGAAGUGAGGGCAGCCUGAAACAAACAUCACAUAUACCGCUCUCAGUAUAGCUAUGAAAGAUUUGAGUAAACAUGAUUUUGUUUCAAAGUUGUUGAAAACAUUAGCUUACCUUGAUGUAUUCAGUGUCUCUUUUUAUUAUUAUUCCUUGUUAAAAUUGCUUUCCUUAGAAAAUCACCAUGAUCCUUAAAAGGGUUUUCCCCAAUCAAAUGGGGGUGGACUUGAACCGUCCUAUACUUUGAGUGAGUGUGUUACCUACAAGUUCGGCUCCUUUCUUUGAGACACUGCUGUCAGUGUAAGCGUACUCUCUAGUUGGAAAAAUGUCAGUGCUGUACUCUGCCAUCAGAAAAACCCUGACCAUUUGUGCUACUCUUCGAUCCAGCACAUAUGUUCUUCCUCCGGCAAAAAAAUGAAAGGCCUUUUCUGGGGUCAAAGUAAAGUGCAGUAAGUUUUCCAAAUAGAGCCUGCAAUCACAUCAUCAUCAGUGGGACUUGGAAUCAAAAACUGGUUUCAGAUCAGAGCUGGAUGCAUUACAAAAGGGAGUCAGCUUGCACAACAACAACAACAACAACUGAAACUCAUAUUUCAGCGUUAUCAGAUAGCCCUUACAGAGAAGCAAUAAAAUCAUAUAAUGGCUGUCUUGAACUCCUCAUAAUAUCUCUUAUUGAUUUAUGCCUGUAAUGAUGAUAGAUUAGAUUCCCCUCAGGCAACUUUGAAUAUUGUACUACGUUUUUGUUAUCCUUAUGAUGCAUUGUGUUAUUCUUGUUCUAUUUUGAAUAAAACCUCAAAAAAUACACUACUGAGAAAUUAUGGUAGAUUGAAGGCAGGUGCAGCCAAAAAACACUUUGCAACUUAACGUUGUUGUUUUUACAUUAUCAGCUCUAAAUAUAGAACAACACAACAUAAUGACUUAUUGUAAAAUCCACUCGCUUCGUGAGAGUGACAGAGUUUCAACUCCUUUUAAACACCAUGUGUUUCUGUCUAUCCUAUUGAGAAGAUCAGUGAAGUUUCAGAGACUAUUCAGAUCCAAUUCCUCCAGAACAAAAGUAAUCUGUGGUGAAUCAUAGACGGGUUUGUGUGCAACGUCAUCGCAGGUAUGCACGCACAGCCAAAGGGCAGAAAGUGGGACUUCUUAUUUGUUUACUAGCGGAGUCAACAGAAAAAGAAAAUGACAAGGAGCUAAAGAGCUAAACCUGCUCCUGAUAUUAGAAACAUGUAAAACAACGUCACAAACUGGUAAAUUGGGUGAAAUUCAUGGACAUUUCAGCAAGUGUUUUUCUGAUUUUGAUGCAAUGAAAGACAAAGUGAUUUUUCAAUGAAAUGACAUUUUAUUGCAAUUGUGUCAGGGAGAACUUGCAAAUAAUACGGCGUCUUCAUUGAUAUUAGUUCACUCCGAAGCAGGCUUUUGCCCCCUGUUUGCGCACGCACUUAGUAUUGUUUGUACACAAGAAACCCGUCUAUUAGAUGUCUAGCUUUUUUUUUUGACCUAAUUUCAACCAUCUAAAUUCUGUAUAUUAUCAGACGGAAUUUAGACGUUGCACUUGAACCCAUUAUUCAAUAACUAUUUAUUUUUAAAAGAGCAACUGUGAGUUGCAUAACUGAUCUCCGAGUACUUAACCAAAAUAAUUAUGAUAGCCAUUGAGCAAUAUCCUGUGUGGUAUAGAUAUAGCCAAGAUUUGGACUACGUCUAAAUUUAGAUGUCUGAAAAACUUUCAUUUUUAGACCUGUGGUAGCCUGAUUUUAGCCCAGUUGUCUCGGCUACAUUUAGACGUCUAUUAGACCUCUUUUAGACCAAAAAAUACUCAGUGGGUGUAUAGGCCGACUUUUUUCCCACAGGAAUUGAUAAGGAGUAGAUAGAGAAUCAGAUCAAUGUGGCAUUGUAUCAUUAAAACCUUAGCAAUUACUAUCCCGAGACCUCAGUCAUUUUGGGUUAAAAUCUGUAGAUGAUGUGACAGAGUCAAGGCUAUAUGCAGAGGUUGAUCGAAUAGCUUACACUUGGUUCUCCAGCUGGUUUCCCAAUGAAGGGGCCAAGCCGACUUGGAUCCCAUGUAGGUAAUAUAUCCACUAUCAGCAUGUAUACUAAAAACUGAACUAUCCCUUUAAUAGUUCUUCAGUCCUGUAAGUAUUGUGUCAUUUUCCAUGUUUUCACAUUUCAGAGGAAGGAUGUAAAGAAAAGACUCCACAUUGCCUUAGUGAUCCAAAUGGAUCAGAAAUAACAGGCAACAUCUUCUUAUACCUGAGAUACCUGUACUUAUUAGUUUUUACAAUCUCUAUUUCUUUCUCAGGUCAUCAUCGACACUGAUAAAUCCAGCUACUCCCUAAGGUUCGAGUCCCGUGAACACCUCAACAAUGUGGUCAGCCAUAUCAACUUCGCCCUGUCCCGAAUAUUCAACAACUCCAUAUUUGCGUGAGUGUCACCUUCACUAAAAAUAUCGCAGUAAAUCAGGUGUUUGCGCAGAGAGGAUGAAUGUCAGGAGAUAAAUGAUGCCUCACGGUGCCUGUGCUGCUUUUCUGCUCUCAGCCCCUCCAUCUGUCACUCAGACAGCGACCUUUCUGACGGCAGCAGGAAGUACUCACCCAGCUCAGAGACAUCAGUGGAGACGCAGAGAGCCUGUGGUAAAAGACCCACUAUCAUCAAACACACACACACACAGGCGCGUGCGCACACAUUCACACUCACACAGAAGAGGGCAUAUGCACAAUAUUUGGCAGCCUCUGAGGAAGCUGGCUCACACAUUUUGCACAAAUGCUCUCCCAGAUGUUCUUUUUAAAGUCUUCUGUCAGAAAAAUAAAAGAUUGAUCAUUUGGACAAAUGUUCCUGUUUGCAUUUUUCUCUCUCGUUCCUGCUGAAGGAAGCAGCUGUUCACAUAAUCUCAUUGUUUUUUUCUCUCUUGUUGCUCUCAGGAGGAUUCUCAGAGACGUACUCAGCUCUGUGCGACUAUAAUGGCAUCAGCUGCAAGGAGGAGGUACAGUGGGUAAGAGCUGUGCGCGUGUGUAUGUGUGUGUGUGUGUGUGUGUGUGUGUGUGUGUGUGUGUGUGUGUGUGUGUGUGUGUGUGUGUGUGUGUGUGUGUGUGUCUGUGUGUGUCAAAGUGAGUGUUACUUACAGCUCUGUGUACAAGAUGAGGGGCUCAUAUUCUGCAGCAAAGAGGCUCAUGAGUAAUGUUGCUUUUAGGAUGUGGACACCAUCUAUCACUCUCAGGACAGCCGAGAGUUUAACCUGCUGGACUUCAGCCACCUGGAGAGCAGGUGAGGGAAAAGUGCGGUCUCUCUCUGGCCUCUUGUCUCUGUUUUUCUGGUUUUACCUCAGUGUUUUUUUUCUCUCAGGGAUUUGGCCGUGAUCGUUGCAUCGAUGGCAUACAACACCUGGUUCACUAAACUCUACUGCAAAGACCUGCGGAUAGUGAGUACACACACUUGGCUUUACCUUGAUGAAUGAGGCUUUAAGCAGCAAAACAGGCUGAGAGAAGGAUGCUCAGGAGGAUUUUGCAGCUUUCGCACUAAACUUCAAAACAGACAACGGCAGACAAGACAAAACAUCAUCUAAUUCACAAAGCAUUCACCACAGAUCAAAUAAGAGCCACAACUAAUGUCUACUUUCAAAGUGGUCUAGUCUAGCUUGCCUUUGGAUGAACUAAUAGCUUAAUAGCUGCUGUCUGGGUUAGCUUUGUUUGUCUCUGAUGUGUCUCAGUUGUUCUUUCGAUUCAGCUUUUUAGAAGUGAAUCCAAAGUUAAGAGUACAGCUCAUCUCUACAGAGAACAAGAGCAAACUGCACAGAGCUGCAAACUUUAUGGGCAUGUCGGACCUUGAAUUGAACCUUGAAAUGGUGCAGAUAGCAGCAGCAAGUCACAGAGCUAACAGUAGCUGCAGCCCAUUCUUGGUAAAUUGAAUUUGAGUGUAUUUUAUUUCAAAAGGGCGAAGCCAUUUAAUAAAGAUCCAUUACAAAGCAUAAUACUGAUAAAUUACAUUGAGACUGCUAGUUUUCAGCACCUGUUGUUGUUUUAGCUUUUACAUACACUAAAUAAUAAAAAUGUUCAAUAAUUGAUAUUAUACAACCACUUGAGAGACUACGGUACAACAAAAAUAUACACCCCUAAAUGUUUUACUUUCCCUCAGGGGUCAGAGGUCACAGAGCAGGUCCUGCACACAGUCAGUAAAUCAUCCAGCCUGGAGGAGAUCACUCUGGAGAACGCAGGGUUAAAAUCGUAAGUUUGUAUUUUCUUCUCUUUUACUUUCCAUCCUUUACAGUUUUACUCUAAAACUUUUAUUUUUGUAGCGGUAAGAUCAGUUUUUGGGCAACGAGAGGUUCAAGUCUGACCAGGAAUAUGAAAUGACUGUUAAGCUAAAUCCAAGCUGCAUUACUUCAAACUAUUUUAACUCUAUAAAAAUAUUGUAAAUAUCACAUUAAAUCAGAGUUGCAGACCUUUCCCAGGGGGUUUCUCCUUUGUUGGUUUAACUGUGGCUUCAUUUCAUCGCAGAGAUUUCCCUCAGAAGAUGUCAGCUGCUCUCUCAGAAAAUCCAGCGUCUGUAAUCCACUCACUAAAUCUGGCCCACAACUCACUGGACAACCAAGGUUUGUUACAUUGUCACCUUAUCUGUUUUAACUGCUUUGUUUGGGUUAAUGUUGGAAGUAAAACAUGGCGUUGACUUCUUGUUAAAGAAGUAGUAAAAUGCAUAUUGUUGUCAUUUUCUGAGGUGCUCCUAAACUUCUUAAGUUGGGAGCUACCAAGUAAAAAAAGUGAGUUUUAAACCCUUAGGAAGGCUCUCAAACAUUCACACCAUGUUUCUCCCCUCGAAAACAUCUGUAUCUGUCUUUAUAACCAACAUUAAUGUCCUUGCAGAAUAAAGAAAGGAAUAUCUGUUUUUAUUUCUUUAUGCUUCUACAUUUCAGUCAUUCAGACCUCAAAAAUAUGAGAAAAAAUAGUUGCCACUCUGAAAAGCACAAAGAUUCCUCUUCAAUUACACCCAAAACCAACAUAAAAAGCUGUGUGUCAGGUGCAAAAAAUAAAGUACACCUGGCCUUUGGUUGACUGAUUAGACUGAGAGAUUUUAUUCAGUGGAGCUUUAUAAAAGGCACAGCUCCAAACUGUUCAAAUCCUCCUCUAUUUUUAAGCCCUGUGAUUGUAAUAUUCUCUCAUUUCCAGUCUCUCCUUGUGCUUCAGGAUCAACACAAGAUAAAAAGUAGGGAGUAAACUGUGAGAGUAAAGAUUUCAGCAAAACAGGAAAUUAAAUGUCUAAAGAGAGCAGGUGAAUAAAAAAAAACAUCAUCAGGAGCGUAACCCCGUCUCUUUUGUCUGCACUGCAGGUGUUUCUAACCUGAUCCAGCAGGUGUGUCGCCUUAGCAAAGGGCUCCGUCUCCUCAACCUCUCCAAGACCUCCCUCACCUCCAAAGGUUUGAAAAUCUCUGGUUCCUGAGCUAAAUGCUGAGAAAGUGUGACCACAGUUUGGAAAAGUGAAAAGACAGCCUCAAUGAUCGGUCUGAUACUGCAGCUGGUGGAGCAGCUUUCAUUGUUUGUCUCAGAUUAUAGGUCAGGGAAUAUGAAACCUCCAAAGCCCCUGAUAAUUCUGCCUCCUGAAGAGCCGUGUUUCAUGUUUGGCCUCAGUACGGCUCCAUAUUGACUCAGUGUGUGAUGUGCUGUGCAGCCCUGCAGGCAGCUGGCCUCCUGUUUCUGUCUGCUCUCCGAACACCCAGAGGAGAAUUUAAAUAUUACAUGGAAGAAGGGAGAUCUGAGCUCUGUUUCCAUUACAUCUACUGAUACCUGCUCCUGCUGCACAUAUGCAUGAAUAAUGUAAAGACACAAAAUGUUUAGAGAGUCUUCUCCCUGUUUUAAUAUCGUCCACCCCCCCUGUCUCUCUCUUUUAUCCCUCUCUCUCUCUCUCUCUCUCUCUCUCUCUCUCUCUCUCAGGGUUGGUGUCUCUCUCUCAGGCUCUGUGCUCCAGUGAUGAAUACUCAAACUCUCUGCUGCACCUGGACCUGAGCAAGAACCCCGGGGUCCUCUCAGGGGAGGACGCUUCGGUCAGAAAAAAAACAACCCAAAACUGAGCAAACACUGCUCCACUUACACACUGCUGCACCAGCUUUAGGGCAAAGUCUGCUAUUUUCUUUAUCAAGGAGGCAUUCUGGGGUUUAAAUCACUAUAAAGGAAAGAUUUGGGAGGCUAGGGAUUAUUUUUAACACAUUUCAAAGGCUAAAUGAUUCAACAUAACACAUUUUAACAUUAUUUGGGGAACAAAUGAACUUUUGGCUCACAGAUGUUAGCGGCCAAGUAACUUAUCUUUAUGUAUUUAUGGACUGAAUAACUCACUUUAACAUUUGUUGGGAGCCAAAGACAUUAUUUGGGGGGUGUUAAUGACUUUUUUCAAAACUUUAAUGACUUUCUUAGUGGUGAAUUUCAACAUAUUUGGGGGGCUAAAUCAACUUUUUACAAAAGCAGUUUUGGAGGCUGAGUGACUGUUGAAAUUUUGGGGGCCUCCAUGACCCAUCCAUCCAUCCAUCCAUUCUCUACCGCUUUUUUCCAUUGGGGGUCGCUGGACACCCUAGGCAAGUCACCAGGUCAUCACAGGGCUGACAUAUAGAGACAAAUAACCAUCCACACUCACACCUACAGGCAAUUUGAAACUGACUAAUUAACCUAAACCCACUUCUGCAUGUUUUUGGAAUGUGGGAGUAAACCCACACAGACACAGAGAGAACAUGCAAACUCCACACAUAGACACCCUGACCCGGAUUCGAACCCAGGACCUGCUUGCUGUGAGGUGACAUUGCUAACCAUUACACCACUGUGCCGCCACCUUCAUGAUCUAUGAAACAAAUUAAGUCAUUAACAUUACAGCUUUUUUUACACAUGCAUUAAGGGUUGAAUUGCUUAUCUGAACACACUUUAGGGACUGUAUGAAUUAAUUUGACAAAUUCAAGGGAUUCCAACAUUUUUAACAACAUGCUUUUGGGGUUAAGGUUAAGGUUUUGGUGCUGAAUUAAAAAUAUUGACAUAUUUUGGAGGUAUGCUGACUCUUAAAAUGUUAUGAAAAGGCAAUUUUUUCACAUUUUUUAGAGUUUAAAGGCUUUCUUAAGUAUUUGAUAGAGGCAAGAUUGGUUUUGAGGACAUGUAAGACAUUUUGGGCCAGCUGACUCUUACAUUCCUUAAGGGGUUGAUGACAUUGUUACCUGUUUUGGUGCUGAUAGGCAUGUUUAAACAUAUUUUGGGGCUCAAGGUUUGCUGUAGUGUGUUUUUGGGACUAAAUGAACUUUUAAAAAUGGCUCAUUUCAACAUUUUUGAUGGGCCAUUAUUAUAAUUGUUUGCUGCUUGUUGGGAUUUAAACUGCCACUUCAGGGGGUAAUUAUGCUAACUGAUGUAUUUUAACAUAUGUUGGAGGCUAGAUGGUUUAUUUUCACUUAUGAAAAGAGACAGUGAUUUUUCUUCACAUUUUUAACCUCAGGUUUUUAACACACCUGUACUAGCCUUGAUUUUGGUGUCCUCUUUCUCUGUUGUUAUCUGUUUGCAGAACUUGUAUUUGUUCCUGUCUCAGCCCAACUGCCUGGUCCACUUGGAUCUGUCAGGCACAGACUGCUGUGUGGACUCAGUGAGUGUUUAAUGACCAAAUAUCUUCACAUAGUUUUAAAGAAAAGCUUUUCUCUCUCUGUUGGGAUUAACCUUCUCUGCCCUGUGUCUCAUGCAGCUAUUUGGGGCUCUUCUGAGGGGGUGUUGCGCUGAUCUUUCCUUUCUGAAUCUUUCCAAAAAUUCCUUCUCCCACAGGUUAGUCAUGACUUUAAGAUUACCAGCACAUUAUAGAGAGCAGCAAAUCCAGAUCUGUAGAUGCACCAUCGUUCUUUCACCUCAGACGUCCUCUCUGUCUCCUUUCCUUUCAUUUCACCAUGACCUCCAUCUUUGGCUUAAUGGGGAUGGAGAAAUGAGCUGUGUGGGAAUCUUUGUGUUUCCUCUCUGUGGGUGUGUCUGCGCCUUUUAAAACCAGAAGUCAGUCUGCAUAGAUAAGACACAUGAAUAUUUAAGUAGAGUUAUCUUCCAUUUGACCCGACACGCUCCUUCCUCUUCCUCCAGAGCAGUGUUCACUCUGCUUCUCAUUCUGUGAAGCUGCUCCCCACUUAUUUUAACUCAGCGUAUCAACAUUAUGUGUGGCCAAUCUCGUCCUACUCUCCACUGUAACCCAUCCUCUUCCUCUUUUUAAAUAAAUAGAAUACGCAUCCUGCAUAGAGAACAACUAAAACAACAAAAUGUUCUGCAAAAGACUCACUGUGCUUAAAAUCUGGAUUCAAAGAAGGACCUGAAUGAGAGAGCAGGAUAAACAUACAAACGAACUAAUACAGCAACAUCACAGUACAGCUGGCCAACUAAAUUACUCAGUUGUGAUACAAAAAAAAACAAAAUUCACUAUUCAAACUAUUUAAAUGAUUCAAGAGGGAUUAAUCCCACUGACUCAGACCACUGAAAAUUACUUGAAACUGUUUUUAGCUGUUCUGAAAGUCUGAGGGCACACAUGUACUACAGUAGAGCAGCAGCAGUGGUAUUGUGGGGAGUAUAGCCUCUUAUGAAAGCUAAUGGUAUCCUAGCCAAUAGGAGCAUCUUUGCUGCGACACUUCAAAUGGUUUGCAUUUGGCAAAACAUGCUGCUGCAUAGGCAGACAAAACAAAUCCAUUUGCAGAUGAUUUCAUUUUCCAUUUGAAUUCUUCUCAUGAACCUUUCCCAGCAUGCAUCACAGUACAACAAACAUCACAUUUCAGCAAGUUAUGCUAAAGCUCCUUUGAGAAGUUUUUUGAUGUUGAUGAAAUACACUGAAAUUCACAUUCACACUUUUUCAUGACGUACGAAAGCAAAAGACACCGUUAACAACAAAACUGACAAUUUUUCAUAUUGUAACUUAUCCUUCCUCAAACUAAUGUGAGAGGGUUGGUGUCAGCUGAAGGCACAGCCAUGUUUUUACAAUUUUAAGGGAAAUUUUCCCAAUAAAAUUAUCUGUUGAAGGACACUACUUUAUCUUUGCUCUUGAGACAAGCAAGGACUGCUUUGUCCACAGGGGGGCACCAAAAACUGACACAAACUGAAAAUUGCUCACAGGAGCUUUAAGCUCAAACACCAACAGGCAAAUGUAAACAUAAACUUCAAAAUGCAAAAUACAUGUAACAAAAACAAAAUAAAUAAUAUAAAACAGAAUAAAUAAUAAAAGAACAGAUUAAAAUAGAAUUAAUUAUAAAAAAUAUUUUAAAGAAAUGAUUAAAAAGAAAAACUGAUGGGAGGAAGGGUUGUGUAAACUUCUGUUUUAGGAGUGGGUCAGAUGUUGUUUCAGUCUCCACACUCAUAGCCUACACCAGCUAUAAAGGGAGAUUAAACAGUUUUCUGCACAUUUAGUUUCAAGACCGCCUUUCAAAUUGGCGAUGUUGAAUGAAGCUUUACUGUUACUACCUCGCAACACAAUUAUUUCGCAUUCUAUGUAAGGGACUGGACUGUCUCUGCUUUAUAGUUUUAAAGUAUUUUGAGACUGGAUUAUGUGUUCUACCACAAGUUGUGCUCAACAGCUGACAUUAAUAAUCAAAAUUAAAUGAUUGGCUAAUAUUGAUGGCCUCUCAAUCAGUUUAGUGGUUCUCAAGUCCAGUUCUCGAGGCCCACUGUCCUGCAUGUUUUGGAUGUUUCCCUGCUCCAAAAACACCUGAUUCAAAUGAUCAGCUCAUUAUCAAGGUCUGUAAUGGCUUAAUAACGAGCUGAUCAUUUGAAUCAGGUGUUUUUGGAGCAGGGAAACAUCCAAAACAUGCAGGACAGUGGGCCUCGAGAACUGGACUUGAGAACCACUGAGUUAAAUAAUGCCCAAAACAGCUCCAGUUUGAAGGCUGAGAUCAAGACCUACAGGUGCCAGAAGUGGAUAGCUUUACUGUUGUCCAAGGUAAAGGAGACAGUAAUGCGGUUAUUUCGUCUUUCUGCAGCACUUUCAUUCUUUUGUCCUCGGCUGAGUAUCCCAGGAGGACAAUGAAUCAACCUAAAUCCACAUAACCAUGAGCCUAACCCACCUCUGUGGUGUUGCCCUGUUGGCUGACAUGUAUGUGGAUGCGUGUGAUUGUUAUUUUCUGUUUUAAACGCACUUUAUUUGGAUGUCGUUGUUUAUUGUAUGUUUAGUUAUGGCCCUGGUGAAGACCACAAGCUUAAAUGUACUUGUCUAAGUAUAAAUACGGUCAUUUUGCUACAAGAGCUGCUGAAGUUUCUGUCUCUGUGCAGUCUGAAAGUCGGUGAAGUUACACCCGAAUCCCUCACUCUGCUUCUAAACUGCAACAAAGUGCUUACAGAUUAUGAUUCCUAUGAACUCAGGCUGUUACCAACUCAUUUCCAAACCAAUUAGAGUUUUUUAAAACUUGCUCUGCUGUUCAAAUGGAUGUAGGUCAAAGGUUUGAAAUCAGCUCCUGAGCUGCAUGUUCCUGACAGAUUCUCUGUUUGACAAAGUAAAUUUGUUUUGCAGAUGAGCCUGAGUUUCUCUCCUCUCUUUCAUCUUGUGUGUGUUUUUGUGGGUCUGACAGGAAAGUGAGGGACACGCUGCCGCUGUUCCGUCAGUUCUUCAGCUCGGCCUUCAGUCUCACUUAUGUCAGCCUGGCCUCUAUGAAGCUGCCCCCUGAUGUUCUGAGGUACUCACCAUGUCGGCUGUUAUUACCGUCCCAAUAGGCCUUCUUUCAUCCUCUUCCUCACUGAAGGCAGAUUUAACUUCUGUUCUCCAUGUCUCCACAGGGCUCUGCUGACAGGGUUAACCUCCAAUCCUCACAUCAACGACCUGCAUCUGGACAUCAGCGGCUGUGAGGUAUCUCUUCAUCUCCACAUCUGUGGUACAAGCUCAGACUAAAGUGAUAGUCCACCUAUCUUAAGUCAUGGGACAGUCUGACACAGCAUUUCCACGAGCCUUGGAAUCCAUCAGUCAGAUAAAAAACUAUAUCCCCCUAGGAGUAUUGUUAGACCUUGAGAGCCUUCUGGUGUGAUAAGUGAUAAGCGUUUCCUGACAAAGAACUCAGGAAUCAAGUAUAUGUUCAGUUCAAAAUUAGAGCAAAAGUUCAUCCCCUGGGUUUUACUGUAAGUAGGAAGUUAUAGAGAGGCCUCACUGAUUUCUUGGGAUUUUGUUAUACUUCAUGAGUUUUAAGUUUGCAGAAACAACAUUAUGUUGCAUCCUGAGAUCAUCAUCAUGACUAUUAUCGGCAUCAGAUUUGUGAAAAGUCCAAAGUCAAGCUUUGUCAGGUUUGCCUUCAAGAGGAGAAGAAAACCUCUUUUAAAAAGUUUGUUGAAUGGAGGUCAUACACAUCAUUUCUGAUGCAUUCAGGGAAGUCAGGAAAUCUAAAGGCUGAUUGUCUUUAAUGAUUCAGCAUCAAGCAGAUCAGUGUCUCAGUGUAAAUGUAAAUGUUUGAUCCAGAACAGAUUGUUAGCUGACCUUCAUGCAGAUAUUUGAUCCUGGUUAAGUUCUCAUGGGAGUAGGGUUGUGUUUCUCUCACUUUUGCUCUCCAUACAGUCUGUUUUCUUGCAGACACCAAAGCUUGCUGAUACCUUCUUGGUUGGUGCCACUAAAAAUACAAGCAUACUACAAACCAGAAACCAGAACAUUAACCAUGUUUAGUCCAUGCUGAAAAUCCAGAUUCCUAAAUACUCUAUGAAUAGAGAUUAUACCUCCACCUGAAGUUUCCAGGACUUGCAUGAGGCCGUUUUGGGAACAAAAAUGUCUGUCUUUCCCACAAAUAUGUGCAUUUUUCAAUUUAGUAAACUGCCAUUGGAGUUGAGGUCUGUUAACAGGAAAACUUAAGUCCCUGAGACUUCAGACAGAUCCUUAUGUUUGAAUAGUUCCUCAAGUUAUUGGUACUUGGAUAACUUCCCUCAAAUGCAAACUCAGCCUUAAGCUCCAAAAGAUGUCAUAAAAAGAUGAGAAAUCAUUUCCAACCCUGUGUUAUGUCACCUUCUGUAAAGCUUUCGGAGAUAAAUGAAAAAAAAAUAAAAAACUGACACCUUGUGCUUUCAAAAAGACUCUUCUGCUACUUUUGUGAGAGAUGGACACAAGGCUGAGAACACCAAGUCCCUGCACACUAAGAUACACAGAGUGAAAUAAUAAGUAGACACUUUGUGAUAGGUCAGGGGCAAUAAGCUCUUAAUGUGAUGUGAAAGAAUCACUCUUUUCUGCACAUUCAGAGGCUUGAAUUUUACAUUCUCACGGGUUUAAACAGUCUCAGCUCACACUUUUUAGAGUUAAACUUUUCCAAGCAAAAAGAAACAGUCAAGUCAAGAAAUCAUCAGCUCUGUACGACAACGGAUAUUAAUACUGGGGAUGACAGUUUUUUUAAAGGCUGAUGCCAAUGUUAAUGAAGAAGGAGCAGGAUGGCUAAUGACCAAUAUAUAAUGUUGAUAUCACAGGGUUUUUUUUUUUUGAUGAUUUUAAUAAUACCAGCAGAUAAAAAGCAAAAUAGCUGAACAUAUAUGGACAUUUUAUUAAAUAAGAAUUUUAAAUUUAGUCAAAUAUUAGUUAAAUAAAAUAUUGCCACAAAGGAACUUUGGACAUCUAUUAAGUUUUAUCUAUUCUGUUUAAGUGUCCUUGAAUUCUUCCAGUUGAUACGAGUAGACAGAGAUGUGGCAGAGAUCACAAAUAUGUCAAGGUUAGCUGGAAGCAAAAAGAAGUCAAACUGGAGGCACCAAUACAGGGUUAAACGUGACAUAGAAGUCAGAAUAGAUGGAGUAAGAGUCAUGUAUCAUAAUUCAAAUCCUACCAUAUACUAGCAAUGAAGACAGUGUUGGUUACAGACGAUCAAAUAAGGAACAUCAAAAAUACUGUCAUGUUGAAUACUUCACAGUGGUGUUGAAUAUCAAAGGUUAUCACUAAACUCUAAUCAGAAAUGGCCGAAACAUGAGGAGGAUUUCUCUGUAACGUUAAUUAUUAUUUCAGCACAUGGGCUAGUGUUAGCUUUGUUAUAUUUACUUUUCCUAAAGCUGGACCUCAAAGAUGUCAUACUGUUUACCAGCACUGACAUAGUCCAUAUCUAUAAACCUUUACUAAGAUGUUAAGGCAAAGCUAAUAUUAAGGGGAGUUUCUGCAGAGCCCAUCAUACACCAAAGCUUCAAAUUGUUCACAGAGACGUAAAAAGAGUCUCCAAUAAAUCUGCCUGGCAGUAGGAAAAUAGAACAAAUCCCCAAAGACUAAACCUGAAGUGACUCAGAUUUACUCCUGAGCCUCAUGUUGUUUUUUCUUUGUCUUUCUCUGUGUCUCCAGCUGAGGUCUGCAGGAGCCGCUGUGAUCCAGGAACUCUUCCCCAGAGUUUCUUCCGUUGGCACUCUCGACAUCUCCGACAACGGUACGCGGUACUUUGUCCUGCUGUGACCUCCAUGUCCUGUCCUCAGGCAGGCCGGGUCCUAGUUAAUAACCCCACUAUGUUAUAUUUAUAUAUAUAUUUCCAUAUAUGUGUGUGUAUAUCUGUGUGUGUGUGUGUUUGUGUGUGUAUGAACAGGGCUGGAUGCAGACCUACUCACAGUCCUGCCGGCACUCUCUAGACAUCCAUCGCUCAAACACCUUCAUCUGGGCAAGAACUUCAACAUCAAAAACAGGUGCUGCCGGUGCUGCAAGUCACGCUUUACUGCAGUUAUUUAUGUGUGUGUGUGUGUGUGUGUGUGUGUGUGUGUGUGUGUGUGUGUGUGUGUGUGAGUGUGUGCCAGCUUGUGUGAUCAUACUUCCGCUGCUCCUCACUGGCAGCAGGAAAUGACUCGCUCCAGCUCAUCGGGGCCUGUCCUCUCUCUCUCUGUUUGUGUCUGCAGGGUUCUGGAUGACGUCCUGCAGAAACUUGUUCAGCUCAUACAGGAAGAGGAGUGUGUGAGUGAAAACAAAGCAUGCAAAAACCCACUCUGAGAGACUACCUGAGCAGUUUGCAAGCUCUCAGUUUGCUUUAUCACAAGCCUGAGAAAGAGAAACAGAUCUAAAACAAGAAGAAAGAUCAGAAAUUAUAGUUUUGUUACUCAAAUCUGCAGACUUAUAACUAUGCAAUAGGAAUAGCUUUUUUUAAUUUGAUGCUGCAAAAUAACUUAAAUUUUCUCAACACUGGAACUGCGUGUAUUUUAGUUUCUGAGAUAACCUCAUUUUUAUGAGCAGAGUGUUAAGUCAUUCUGAUUCAUCUGCAGUGGAGAUAUGGUACAUUUACUGAUAUUUCUGCCCAUUUGAUGUUGUUACUUGGAUCAUUUUUAAAUAGUUUGAAUCUUUUUCAUUAAUGCAACCUCAAGCUUUUGUAAGUUUUGCUCCGGCUGUUUUGGUUUAGAUCUUGCAGGAUCAUUUUUUCUCUUUAAAUAGAGUUAUAUGUCAGAUUCAAAUACUGUUUUUACAUCAGUGCAACAGCUUUGAGAGUUUCUAUUUCAUGUGUCUCACAUACAGAGCUGUGAACACGGCUGUUGAUUGAUAAUUACCAGCAUGUUACUUUGAUUAUACAGUUAAUGAUUUUGCAGGUUUAAUCAUGUUUCAUAUUCAUACAUAUGCGCCACUUUGUUUUGCUGUUACCUGCAGACAAAGUGAGUCGCUGAAUGUCCUGUUGUGCUCCACAUGGAUCACUGAUAGGCCAAAUGGGUGUUUUGUGUUCAUGAUAAUUAAUGGUUUUUUUUAAGGGACAGGGCUUAGACAAAGUGGGGCGCCCCCCAGUAGAAAAAGAACCAUUGAUAGAAAAACCUGAUAUGUGUGACAUGAAACUAUGCAAUGGACACAACACUGCAGGGUUGGUCAACAGGGCUGUCAAUAAUUGUGUCACAUCUCCUCUUUUAUGAUCACAUAGCUAAUUCGAACUAAAAUUCUCAGAAAAAUAAACACCAAAAAAUAAAUCAUGAAAAAACUCACUUAAAUGACAGAAACUAUGUUAUGGAAACCUUUAUUUGUUGUGCAUUUUAAUUUUAUAGUUUGUACCAUGUGCCGUCUGUUAACAUGGGCUUUAUGAUCUAUACUGUAGCCGGUCAGCAGGGGGAGCUUUAAAUGUUUGUCUUCACUUUUAAGGAGCUGUCUUGUUGUCCAUUUUUCAAUAUAAUCAACACCAGAUUCAAUAAGGCGUAAAAACAUCAUUAUUAAUCAUGUUGUGAAGAAGAAAAAAGUCUCAACUUCCUUCUGUGCCAAAGCUGCAGCUGUUUUGGUUUUUAUUUCCGAUGAAUUAAACAGGAUUAUGCGUAUGAUAAUCCUGUGAAGCCACCCAAGGCGACUUUUGGUUUAUUUAUUCAUUUCAAGACAAAUCUGAAAUGAAAGUAGCAUUAAAUGUGCAACAAAACCCUCAUUUUUCAUACAUUUCAUAUUUUUGCAUCCCGUCAGCGUGUCACGGUUUCAUUAAAUAUUUCUGCUUUGUGUUUCCCUCGCAGACACAGUGUCUGUAUCACAGCACACUUCCUGUAAAUAAUUCAUACAAACAGCAUGUAAAGUCACAUCACUCUGCAGUAAAUUUCACCUCGCGGCUCCCCAGGCUCCUCUUCUCUUACCACGCUCAAUUUUCUCUACUUUAUUUAUUUAUUUUACAACUCUCAGCCACUCUGUGACUCCUCUUUUUCACCCCCUCUCCUCCUUCUGUCCCUCAGGCUCUGCAGUCUCUGUCUCUCACUGAAUCCCGCUUGCGCUCUCGGGGCACUGUGCUGGUCAACGCCCUCGGCAGCAACACCUGCCUGAGGAAGGUGGACCUGAGCGGGAACAACAUGGAUGACAUCGGGGCCAAGAUGCUGAGCAAGGCGCUGCAGAUCAACACCACACUAAGGUCAAAGAGUGAGAAACACUCAUGCAACAGACACAACUCUUUGUCUCAGCAGAAUAACUCAUGCGCAUGUGAAUUUUGUGUCUUUCCCUGCAGGAGUGUGACAUGGGAUCGUAACAACACCUCCGCAGCAGGAUUUCUAGAUGUGGCACGGGCGCUCGAACAGUAAGAGCAACAUCAAGACAUCCAGUUUGGAAAUUUAUGCCUGAAAAAUUGAAAAAGACUUCUCCUGUCUUUGCUGCAAAAGGAGAAAGCACGUUUAAAAGAAGAUUAACCUCCUAUUUUAGCUCAUUUAAACAUUUGAAACUUGCACGUGAGCAAGAAAAUUGUUGCUUUCCACUUUGCUAUCUGAAACAGUCCAGAGCUUCCUGCAGGCUGGGGAUGACAUGGUUGCAGAGAUCAAAGUAUUACUCAGUGGUUGCACAGCGUUGGAGGAUAUUUUGGGAUGAGCCGCGUCCGUCGGGGAUGUUAAACUUAUCUAACCCUGAAUCUAACCCACUUUAUCUCCUCCCAUCUGUCCGUCACUGUCUCCUCCAAUAACUCGACCCUCUCUCUGUUAUCCCAACUCUCAGUAAUUUCACCUUGCAGUACAUGCCUCUGCCUCUGAGCGACAUCAGCCAGGCGUACCGUAGCGCCCCCGAGAGGACGGAGCAGGCGCUGACCAAGGUGGGCACCAGAGAGUCGCCGCUGAUGAAACAUCACCAAAAAAUAAAAAUGUAAUCCUUGAGGUUUGAUGAAAGCAGAAAGACAUCCUGAUUAUGUUGUCUCAAAUCUUCAAAAGCAGUUUUCCGCUCCCUCUGUUUUCAUUUGCAUCAAAUAUUUAUCGACUGUUCCAGACAGAAAAACUACAACCAAAGAGUCAACUUUGAUCUGUUCAGCUGCAGCGUGCGCCAAAAGGAAGAAGAAAAAGAAUAUAUUUGACUGUUCUUCAAUUAUACAGAGGAUAGAAACAGCCAAAUCAAAUGUAAUAAUCACAAAAUUAACAUCUCUAUGAAUGUAUUAACAUUAGAAUAAGUGCGCCAAAAUUAUAUAAAGACAUUUGGACAUGAAUAAAUUGUAAAGUUAUUACAUGAGUGGAUAUAAAUAAAUAAAUGAAUAGUACUGGAUGGAUUCACUCUUGCACAUCCAUCUGGGCACUCAGCAUGUCUCUCAUAAGUAGUUUUGAUAAAUCUAAAAGAAUAACAAAGUAAGACUCCAUAUUUUGGAGAAACAUGUACAUAUGGUGCUUAGUCUAACAGGAUGAUCUGACAUAUUUGAUAAGCCUGAUUACAUAAAAAAAAAAAAAAAACAAGAAAAGAACAAAAAAAAUUACAGAGAUACAAAAAUAGGGAAAAAACUCUAUUGUACACUCUGAAAUCUCAAUUGUAUUUGUCUAAAUUAUUUCCCAAUACCACAUUACACAUUACAGACUCAUUCAAGUUGGUGCAAAUAUAAAGACUGAUGAUCAAUAAUACUUUAUAUUCCCCUUAAGAAGACUUCAGUCCAGCCCUUUUUUACAGAUGCCUGCUGAAGCAAUCUACUGGAGCAAUUUCAUAACUUUUCAUAUCUGCAUUAUCUGGAACAUGAAUUCCAAAAUAUGUCAUGGCCAAGAUUUGAGAUGCCAGAGUUGGUUUGUUAGUCAGUGAGACAAGACCUACAUUUACAGUAAAAUUGCACGGCUGCUCCUCUUGCUUCCUAAACUGUCUGUUUUGGCUUUUUCAUGAUGCCUUUCUGUUUUAUGAUUUGUUUUAUAGAUCCAGCGCGCUCUGGUGAGGAACAACCAAACUCAGCGUUUCUCUCAGCGUCAGGCUCUGCGGCUUCACCAAGGCUUGGUGACGAGCACAGCUGAGCAGGUAUCACUCCUCCGUCUUCUCUCACCUCUGCAUAUGUUUAUGUUUUUUAUGUUUUUUAACACUCCCUCGUCUUGUUUCCUAGGUGAUGGAGCGUCUGUGUGUGCGUGUCCAACAGCAGGUGUGUGUGUUACGAGGUGUUGGGGAGAUGGAGGAGAUUCAAGCUGCUAAACAAGUGCUGAAAGAGGCCAGGAACUCCCGCGCUGUGAGUGAUGGGAAACUUGUGAUUGUGUUAUUUGUGUUUCUACCACACAGACAUUUAAAUUGUAAGAAAUUUCUCUCUUUAGCUGUACCCAUCCCUGUGCGAGCUGGCUCAUGUUCUCUCUGUGGACGGCCCGGUGAGGCAGAGACUCGACUCUCUAGCAGGAGAACUCACCAAAGCUGCAGACAAGGAGCUUCAGGUAGAUCUCCAGCUGUCGUUCACACCCUGACCCCCUUCAGAGGAUGAAGGUUCUGACCUCUGCUCUUUUUUGCAGGUAAUUGUGGACUCUAUGGUGUCUCUGUGCCGUGAGCUCUGUCCUUUAUCUUCAGCUGCAGCAGAGAGGUUGACUCCACCGCUCUCCUCCGUCUCUGAGCGUGUCUCCAUCCCUCGCUCGGCCAUCAGGACGGCUCUGAUGGAGAGGGCGGCUCAGGACAUCCAUCGAGCAUUAGAGUAAGAGUGAUCCAGAGAAGGGAGAGCGUUGCAGGGAUAUGUCUGAAUGUGAUAAGCAGGUUAUUGAUUUCCUCUCACUUUUACCAAACCACUUCCCGUCUGCUCCUCUAACUCAAUCUCCCGCAGAGAAGUGAAGCUGUCAGUCGUUUCAUAUCUCACCAACUCCAUCGUGGACCAGAUCCUGCAGGAGCUCUACGCCACACAUAAGACUCUGGUAGAUAAAAAACACUUACUGUUUAAGAUAUCACGUGUCACAGACUUAGAUAAAGACACUAAGCGGGAGUCUUUUUUGUCUGUGUGUCUCAGACUCGGCAGGUGUCUCAUCUAAAGCGAUGGGAGGGGACGUGCGAGGACGGGACAGGCUGGAGGUUUAAUAGACACCGAGACUCUUUGGACAUCACAGAUGAGGAGCUCAGCACCAGCAUAGUGAGUGUGAAUUUACAAAGUUUCUGUUUUGAUCAAGCUGUGUUGGGAUAGUAUUUCACUUUCACAUCUUUUUAAAUGUCGUUAAGCUGUUGGGCACUUUGAAAGUUUGUUUUAUUUAGUUAUUGGCUAUCUUUUCAAAGGUUUUAAUGUGGAUUGGCACUUCAGGUUGAGAUUUUAGUCUGUUAAAGUUGUAUAGUUUUUAAAUGUUAAUGUUUUUAAGUCUGUAAAUACCAAACAGAUGUCAGUAGACUUUGGCAUCUGCAAGGAAACCAGUCUGUACAGAGAGCAAAAGCAGGCAGAACACAGUUUUUGCAUAAUCUGAGGGGAGAUUUUGCUCCUCUUUUUAACACACAGUCAUUUCUAAAAUUCACAUUUGGACUAUAAACACACACACAAAACUUUUUGGAUAGAUUUUAUUUAACAGCUAGCGACUCUAGAGUGCCUGACAAGUUAGUUGUCACCCUUGGAAGCACAUACUGUCAUAAGAUGACUACAAUGGGGUAUGCAGGAUGUUUAAAGGAUAGUGUGGUAAAAAUUGAGAAAAAACCUGAUGUGUGCAGUGUAGGACUUUGAAAGUAGUUCUCUGGAGACUGAAACCCUGAAUAAUAAGAUAACGUGGAAAUAAUGAUUAGAAUUUUUUUUUUUCAUGGGGGAUCACCGAAUACCCAUUAUUUACAACUCAAUCCACUCAAAGAGCACUAGUGGGAAGAGAAAUUAAAAAGCCCUUUGUUUACAUUAAAUCACUAAAUGAGCAUCCAAAUAGUAAUUUGCUAGUAUUUUAUGUAUUGAAAGGUCAACCAGAGGGCCUUUUGUUUACAGAUGAAUCCUCCCAAAGAAUACCUUGGGAAAUUGUGUUUACAUUUAUCCACUAAAAGAACAACCAGAAGAAACUUUGUUUACAAAAGCAGCCAGAGAGUACUGCAUUUACAUUCUGAUGCUGGAAGGGCAGUCAGGUGGCACUGGCUUUACACUGUAAACACUGAGAGGAUGUCCUGUCCAGGAGGCACUUUGUUUAUAUGUAAUCCACUAAAAGCAACCAGAGGGUACUCUAUUUACAAAUUAACCCAUUCAAAGAGGAUGCCCUUUUUUUUUUUACGUUUAAAUCCCUUUAAUCCCUUUGCUUUAGUUACAUUUUACACGCUGAAAGGAACACUUGCAGAUAUUUACAUUUUAUUUUCUAGAGGAGCAACCAAAAUGCCCUUUGUUACAUUUUUUACACUGAAACUGUGAACAGAGUACACUGAGUUUGCAUUUUUUCUUCAUUAAAAAACACCAGUGGGCACUUUGUGUACAAUUUAAUUUGCUAAAUAAAGCAACCAGAGAGCACUUUGAUUACUGUUAUUCCUUUAACAAGCAACAAAAGGGUAUUUUUUUACAAUUUAUACACUUGAAGGGAAGUUACCUCAGUGUUUUUUCAUGUGAUUUCCGCUGCAAGGGAGUAAUUCUGGGCAGUUUUCAGACAUAAGAGCAUUAGUGGAUGUGGCUUUUCCCCUUGCUCUCCCUCUACUACUGCAUGACAGUAGGUGGGUUUCUGAGUUGGAACAGUUCGAACAAUCAACAGUAGGAAACAGGCUUCAGAUUUGGAUGAAAAAUACUGCAGUGCAUGGCAAAGGUGGUUCAAAAGGCCAGAGCAAAUACACCAGAAGCAAAUAUCCUACAGAUAGAUGAGAACAAAACAAUUAUUCUAUGUUCACUCCUAUUUUACCACACUGCCCCUAGUGUUUUAAUCCUUGAAAACUUUGCUGCGCAAAAAAAUUUAUUGCUCCAAAAACAUAGUCUCAUUUUCUUUUUGCCUGAGACCCAAAGUAGUGAUAAAACGUUCUCAUGUUUUAUUCUGGUCUUGUUCAGAUAUCUUCAGGCACGAUUUUUCUUUUCCUCUCUGAUAAAGUCAGGGAGGUUUUAUGCUCUUUGUUAAAACAGGAUAUUAUGGUUUGUUUUUAGUUUUCAGCACAGUCUUUGGUACACAGAUUUUCUGUCAUGCAUCAAUGAAUAAGGGAGGGUCACUCUCCUCAGCUUGUUUACAAUGUAAGCAGGAAAACUUCCAGAAAACGUCCCGCUCAGUUUUGGCAAACCCUGAUUUUCUGGGCAGGAGACCUAAAGGUCAGAAUUUAAAAGGCCUGAACUCCCCCACAGGACACAGCCCAGAAAUACUUGGAUUGAAGUUGAUUGAUUGUUGAUUCACUCGUGUUUUGGCCUUUCUCCUUAUCGAUUAAAGCAGAAAACUCAAAGUCUGAGCUUCCAAAGACCUUUUAUUCAUGCACAGUCAGCUGAACUGGCAUCAAAGUACACAAUUAAACAGAUCAAUUACAAAUCCAGUUAACUAUCUUCAUGUUUCUGUGGUUCCUCCUGUCCUCUGUGCUGAGGGUUUCUUUUCUCUUAGCUAUUAGUUUUUAGCUCCACGUCUUUGAGGCUGUACUUGAGUCUGGACUUCAAUAAUUGGGUCUUUCUUCCCAAAACUUCAAAGAGUUAAUAUAUUUUUUUUAUCAAGAGGCAGUUAUUUGAGUUCCCAGUCCCUCUCGUUCCUCAUUUUCUACACACUUAACAUUUAAGAUUAGUUUCCUUUGCUGGUUCCCUUUUCCCAUUACAGUGCAAACCUCCUUCUCUGUUAGAAAAAACCUCUGUUUUUUAUCAUCGUCUCAAAAUGAGAAAAGUGAACCUUAAACUGAAUAAAUCCGCCAUGGCUGGAAGCUAAGAGAGCAAAGUGAACCCCAGAGAUAAUAAAUCUGCUGACAGACUGAAAGAGCAGCUCGAUAUUUACAAGAAAACAGGUGAAACAGCUGGAGCGAACGCUUUCUCUGACAUUAUCUCAAGAAUCUCCUGUCAGCCUGAGGCACUUCUCAUCCCGGGUAGUUCAGUCAUUACCUCCUCGUACACCUCCGGCCCUCACGUCUGCCUCACCUGCUGAGAAUUUAAAACAGUUUGAUUUGAAAAGAUGAACACCAAGUACCUGCACAACACCUCCUCUGCACUGACUUAUGCUGCUAAUAAACUUGGGUUUUUCUUUCAAUCCUUCAAUAUCAGUGAGAAAACAAACAACUUGCUGUUUUUGUUGUUUCACUUUAGGGUACUCAACAUCGAUUUUUGAACUGCCAUGACGAGGGAUGUGUCCAUUUAGUUGACAAAACCAUUAAGAGUCCUAAUCCUCUGUAGUUUGGACCAGAAUUAUUAGUCAGUUGAACAAAGUCUUGUCUGAGCUGUAGCACAGCCUUCUGUCACUAUGGUAGCUCCUGUUAAUGUCUGCUAUAAUGCUCUACUUCCCAGAGGUAAACAAGCACAGAUGACUGAUGCCACUUUGCUUGAUUUAGUUUAUCUAGUUUAGUUUAUUAAGGAUCCCUAUUGGUCUACACCGCAGUGGAGACUAUUCUUCCUGGGGUCCAGGCAAAAUCAUUGCAAAAUCACAAAACAAAUCAUACAACAAAAUCAUACAAAUCAUCCAGCAUGAUCAAUAAUUAAAAUUCUGUAAUACAAAAAUAGCAACAACAAUAAAUAAAAAAAACAAUAACUUGGAGUUUACACAAUAAUGUUCGUACCAAAGAUAAAAAAAGCAAUAAAAAAUAUAUAUAUAUAUAUUUUAGCAAAAAAUGAAACAAAGAACCAAUGGCCUACAAUAUACACAUUGAUGUACCAAAGACAAAUAAUAUUUUCAGUGACGAAAAGUACCAUAAUGAAUAAAAUAUGACAUAAAUAUCAAUAUAAAAACGAUGACCAGAAACAAGAAGGAAUUUAAGCUGCCACAUCCUGUAAACCCUGUAUGCUACAAAAAUUGAACUUCAUUUUAAAUAUUUUCUGUUUUUGUUAGUUUUAGUUUCUGACUUAAUAAUUUGAUACUUUGAACAUUUAUCUGGACUCAAUUCAACCACUGAAAAAUGAAAUGUUCCAAAGUAUGAAAGGUUUUUAUUACCCUUGUAGUAAAACACAAGAAAGAAAGAAAGAAAGAAAGAAAGAAAGAAAGAAAGAAAGAAAGAAAGAAAGAAAAUAAGAAAGAAAGAAAGAAAGAAAGAAAGAAAGAAACGCCAACAACCCCUUCAGAAAACACAUGAUAAAACUGAGCAAAGUCAUUAAAAGUAUAUUAUGAAGUAUUCCAUCAGAAGUAUGAAGUGCUGUGUUGCUGAGGUCAGCUCUGUUGCCUCACAGCAAACAGGUUCUUGGUUUAAAUCCUCAGCUGGGCAGGACCCUCUAUGAGUGGAGUUUGCACAUAAACCUUGUGCAGUGUGAGCUCUCUCCAGGUACUCUGGUUUCCUCCCACAGUCCAAAAACAUGCCUGCCAGGUUAGUUGGUCAUGCUAAAUUGCCCAUAGGUGUGAGUGUGUGCGUGAAGGGUUGUUUGUCUCUAUAUCUGAGUCCUGUGACAGACUGGCGACCUGUCCUCUCGUACACUGACCCCUGAAUUAUUCUCCAGUUGGGAUAUGCAGUAAGAAAAAGGGUGUGCAGCACUUUAGUGCAGCACACAAAGCUCAGACUGUGUGUCAGCAUCACGGGGUAUCUCAUAACUGAUCUUUAAUUACACCUUCUUUUCAGAAAUGCAGCGUGAACCCUUUAUUUCCACAGAGGUUUCCAUGUGUCUGCAGUAGCACAGAGUGGACAAACAAGUGACAUACACACUUCUGUACUUUGUGACUGCACAAAAUGUACCAGUUUCACAAGGAACAAAAAGAGAGAUGUUGUGUGCUGAAAAGCUUGUAUUGAAGUAUGUUUUGGUAAAAGUAAAAUAGAAGAUCGUGGUAAUUAUGCAUCACAUGAGCUUCUUGAAGGCCACCGUUAUUUCACAGACAAGAGGGGUGAGCAAGAAAGCAUUUCAGUCUCAAUUCUUUCCUGUGAAAUUGCAAAAUUUUCCCAUUUCUACACAAUGUCUUUCUCUUCUCUUGAGGACAGACCUGACAAAGUUUGACUUUUACUAAUCCGCAUCAUCAUGUUAUUUUAGCAAUCUAAAUACCCAUUAAUUAUGAGAAAAGGACAAGAAAAAAAGCUUUUUUUUCUGGUCCAUCCUGCUGCCAAAAGCCUCUGUGUAACCCACUUUUCACAGUAAAACUAAGACUCACCAUAACAGAUUCUCUCUCAUGGGGGAUGCAAUGAACCAAAAAAUGAUGUUUAUUCUACAGACAUGACUGGUGGAGUGAACAGGUCUUUGCUUUUGAUUCAAACACAUAGUCAAUCCUGGCGUUAUGAACAUUUGCACAGAAUUUUUAGUACUUGUGCAACAAUUUUCAAGAUAGAAGACCAAUGUUGUGGACAGACUGACCUCCUGACAUCCCUGGAGUCAUGCCACAAGCAUAGCCGUAAAACUUCAACCAGCCAUCUGCCAUCUCUGACUGACUGACUGAUCUGUCGACCAAAAAUCUCAGUCAACAAGCAGUUCAGAAGUCCAGUUCUGUUUAUCUGAGACUAUUUACCAAAACCAAGGUUUUCCUGCAACCCUUAAUCAGGAAGCAGACAUCAGCUGGUUGUUCUGUUUCCCAUCUGCUUUGUUCAAUGCCACUCUUAAAUUGUCUGUUAUUUGUCCAAUGUGCACGAAUCUGUUGAAAUUGGUGCAGCACUUCAUUUGAAUUUUAUAGAAACACAGAUUUUUCCUGAAGAAAUGUUUGUUUGAUGUCUGCUACUUGAUGUGUUUACUCGUUCCCGCUCGUGUUCCUGCUCUAAUGCUUCCCCACAAAGACUCAAAAUCAGUUUUUCUUAUUCCCCCUCAGGACACAAUAGCCAUUAAGAAGCGCAGCUCAAGAACAAGACGAAUACGGCCUGUCUCCACCCGGCUGAGUGAGUACUGACUUACCUCCUCUUAUCCCCCCUUUUCUGCUCCUUCCCAUCCAGCUCUGACCUCUUCCUGUCUCUUUCAGAGCUCCAUUAGUGUCUUCUCUGUUGACUCUUUCCCGUUUCCACAUCUCAGAAGUCAUUAAAUGUCUUUUUAAAUCCAACCCCAGCUCAGUUUGAGUCACUUUGUCUCUGAUUGUUUUAAACUUGACGGCUGACGGCUCCCCGUAAUUCCACGGAUGUCUCACUUCAACAUCCUCAAUAAACCUUUCAUUGCUGCCAUCAGGUCUAUGUGACGACUCAAGCUCCUCUCCACCCCCCUCCGUGCCAUCAUACUCCUCCCCGUUAUCCCGCUCGGCAUCAUGGGAGGGCCUGUCAGAGCUGCCUACACAGGGGCUGCCUCUCCAUCAUGUGACAAGGGUUCGACCAAGGCCUCCAAGAAGGCACAAAGGAGGAUACAUCCCUGCUGACACAGUAAGAAAACAUAAAACGACCUGAAACAAUCCAUCUGCAUCAAAACUUUAACCAAUCUGACUUUGAAUUUAAAUGUAUGAACUUUUUACAGCCUGCUAGAGUUGUGAAGUUUUUGCAUGUUGUCUUUGCACCAUUUUCAAUUUAAUAUUCACUCUAAAUGAUUUGCGGUAAAUCCAAACCAGUAUGUAUUUUCUUAUAUUACUCAGCUUAUCACCUCAUAUGGAUUUUCGGUUGUACAUGGUAUCUAUCUGAUCUACCACCUUUUUUCUCUCUAUGCAUAAUUCUCCCAUCUCCUGAUGCUCAUGCCUGCAGGCUCUCAGUUUUUUUGUCUUUAAUUUAAAUAAAGUGGGCUGCAACAAUUGGAUUAUGUCAUCUCACUGAAGCCAGCAUAAUCCAUUUGUUUUAUUGCAUACAGAACAUCUAUGGAUGAAAACUGACCUCUGCAUUUAGAGCAAGUGAUUGUGUGUUUCUUCUGAUGUUCUCAGCAUUGUAGUGAAAAUGGGGGAAUCAGCCCUUUAGAUGAUGGACUCCCAGAUUUCUACACCAAAAGAGUCCUCCCUGACAGGUGAGACUGUCUUUGACGCUGACUGUCUUUUUUUUUACAGAUUUAAGAUUUAGUUCCUUUUUUCGUUUAGUAGCUUGAGUUAGACAUCGCUUAAGGAUAAAUCCAUCACAGUGAGCACCUUGAAGUCAUAAGAUGACGUUAUGGAGCUGUAAGCCAAAACUGUCUAACACAGAACAAGAUGAAGUAGACGUUCUAACUUAACGUUUGUCGUGCGGGUUUGAUUUUCAGAAAAAAGGGGCCUGGAAAUGAAAUUCUUCUUUAAUUCUUGGCUGUGUGAGGAUCAGCAGCAGAUGAGUUUGGCUAAAGUUAAUGGAGUGUUGGUCAGAUGGAUGCAUUCUAAUUCUGUAGCUGAUUAGUGGAGAGCUUGAUUUUGAUUGAUCUUGAUUUUUUCAAUGUGUACUUUAACUUUUUCUGUUCUGCCAUUGUUAAAUCAAUCUAGGACAGUCUUUGGCUCAGCUCUGUCACACAUGCAGUAGACAUGUAGACAGUCUUGAGCCAUUACACAUGACAGAGUUUUAUAUGCAUGUUUGAACUCCAGCAUAGAGCUGGGCGAUAUGGCCUCAGAUCAAUAUUACAGUAUAUUGAGUAGUUUACCUCAAUAACAGUAAAUGGAUGAUAACUACUCCACAAGCUGUUCACCCCCUCACAAAUUAACUUCAUCUACUCCAGCCACUACAACUGUUGAACCGUCCUCCAUCUCCUCACCUGUCUUUCCCUCUUUGUUAUGGACUGGAUGGGGUGGAGUCACAUCUCUGACGUAGGACAGCAUCUUAAAGGGACAUGAGACCAUAGCCUUACUACACACAUCUGAAACCAACUUUUAUUAAUUUAUUUAUUACUUUUUGACACCAAAUUUAUUGACAUGGGCAAAAAAAAACAUCAUUUGUUGUCAUAAAUUUUGGUAUAGGUAAAUUUUCAGUUUAUCGCCCUGCCCUACCUCAGUGUCAGUGUCCCCUUUAGCUGCUUCUUUGUCAUCCAACAAAACAGUUAAAGCCUUUUACUGUUUGUGAGCCGGUUAGCUAUGAUUAUUUUACCAUGAUGUCAAUAUUACAUCUCUUAAAGAUGGUUUCGUCAAUACCAACACUACACACUACAGAAGGAACACUACAGAUUAAAAUCUUGGUUUAUUUUUAGUUAAUUAGAUCUGUUCUCAUUCUAUUGAUGUUGUCUAGGUUUUUUGUGUGUGAGAAUAUUAAAUAAUUGAAGACAGUUGUUUUUCUCUGAGCAGCAUGCUGUCUGUCUUUGAAAUAAUUUCACGCUGAGAUUCAGAUUCAGUCAGAAAAAAUCAAAUCGAAAUAUUUUUUUUGUCAGUCUUUGAUGGUUCAAGGAGCUGAAACUUGUGGGUUUUGGACAUUUGAAGGUGGUUUAGCAGGUUAUUAUUGUUGUUUUAAUCUGAAGCAGUAAGGGAUUUUGUUAAAUUGGAAGUCUACCUGCUUUGGAAAUUAAUUUGAAGUCUUAAAGCAUCAUGCAAAGAAAAUAAAAUUCAGAAAUAAUUGGUUUGAAACAUGCAGAACCACCAGAGUGAGCCUUAAGUGUUCAGCUGCUGCAGCUUUGAAAGCUUUUACUUUGCAUUCAGAGACGGUUUAUCAGAAUAUUGCUGCUCCUGUUCACUCUGCAGAUCAUCAGGUUAAGUCAGAGCUUUUAUUAUGAUUACAGUUCUGAUAUAAAAAGUGCACUUUAGAUAAAUCAUUGUGUACCUAGAGGCGUAGCCUAGCAACACUCAGACUGUAGAUGCUCCAGAGGUCGAGCAGACAAACAGACGGCUGUGAAGAAGUCAUCAGAGACGACUGAGCUGGACUGACAGCUGACUCUCUCUCUCUCUCUCUCCCUCUCUCUCUCUCUUUCAGUCAGCUCUCCUCUCUGCACAAAGCUCACUCUCUGCGGCGGAAGAAGAGGAGAAACAUGCUCGCCAUCUUCGGCUUCCGCAAGAACCGAAACCAGACAUUGUCCAAUCAGGGGGCGGAGCCUGAGGCUGAGGUUUAUGCGGACGUCUGUCACACAGUGGCGACAGCAACCACAGGGUUUGUGAACGCACAAACACACUCUGUGUUCAGAAAGAAACAGCAUUGAGAAGAUAACACAGCACCUGUUUGAUCUACACGAUAACAGCACAUCAACGUCACAAAGUGUUCGUUUAUUUCUCCUCCACACUCUUCUCCAAAACUUCACUUUUUCUGCUGAUUCUUCCUCCUCAGUUUUCUGAGGAUAAUCAGCAGCUCCAAACUCCAUAAAAUCUCUGACAAACAUCGCUCUAAAUCUCCUCAUUUCUUUGUUGAUAGGAGAAAUGGUUGAUAGCUGCCAGCGUGCAGCAGCGGGUGCUCACAGAUGUAGAAGACAGCCGGUGGCUCCCAUUGUCAGCCGAGCGAUUAGAAAUGAACACGCCGCAUGUUAAAUACAGAUUAGAGAAGCAGGACGGCGGAUUUCUGCCACAGAAGUUUGCUACAUUUUGGUCUUCAUGCUGUGAAUCUGCAGAAACAGAGGCACAAAUGUUUCAUCUUCAGUGUUUUUACAUUUUCCAGGACAGCCACGGAGAACGUCUACACGCUCCUGCAGCCUCCGAGGUCUGCCACCAGAGCUGGGUCUCCUGGAGAGGGGGCUGAUGGGAAAAAUACUCAUGUUAUGAGUCCGCCAGCUGUGCCAGGCAUCCCUCAUCCGAGUGUGGGAGGAAGCAAACACCCCUUUUUCUCUCCCAGAGAGGUAGAGGUAGAUAAAUACAACACAAACUAUCAUUUCAAGCAAAAAAAGAAAACAACAGCACAACAAGCUUAAAUCUCACCUGAGUUUCUCUGCCUAUGGGUUGGUGCAGCAUCAGCAGUAAUGUGAGGCUUGAAGGCAAAGCUUUAAUUUACCUGCUGAUCCUUACUUCAGCCCUCACCUGUGGUCAGGAGCUUUGUGCAGGGAUAAGUUUCCUCUGCAGGGCGUCAGGGCUCUCUUGUGUAAAUUUGCACAUAUAGACACAAAUUUACACCAGAGAGGAGGGAGGUCAGUCGGUUUUCAUCAAACACAGUUGAGGUUGACUACAUUGGGAGGUUUUGUGUUCGCACAACUUACCUCACAACCUGACCUCCUCACUCACUUUCCUUUUUACUUCCUAUAAACAAGUCAUAUCUGCUAGUCCAAGGUAAGCACACACCCUCACGAUCAGUUCAUGCUCCAUUUUCCUGGUGAAUUAACUUUAACGUCGUACCUCUUUUAACCUCUUUUAACCUCUUUUAUUAGUGUCUGUUUUCUAUCCUGCUGGCAGGUUUGACGUUGUAUUUCUGUCUCUAUGUUUUCUUGUUUUCUUCACUUCAGCAGCCGACUGUGCAGCAGUGAAACAAGUUUAAAUAAACUGUGUUUUGUCUGUCCUCAUUGUGUUUUGUCAGAUAUCUGAGGUGGACUCUGUGUUCGAGCAGCCAACAGAGACAGACAAGUACUGGGCAGACGACAGACAGAGGGCGACGGAGGUCCUGCUGGAAGAGAAACCGUGGAUGGAGGACAAACGCUUCGACAACAGGCUGCAGGACAGAACAGCUGCAGAUUCAAGGACAGUGGACAGACAGACGGACAGGUACUGGACUGAGGGCAGACAGGUGGACCGACAAUGGACUGUGGACAGACAUACACAGAGACAGAUCGACAGGAAGAUCGAGAGGCAGUGGGUGGGCGGCAGACAGAUCGACAGGUCAUGGUCGGAAAACAGGCAGAUGGACGUUCAGGUGGACAAUCAGUGGACAGAGAGCAGACAGGCGAGCAGGAAGACAGACAGACAGAUGCAGGCGCUUCACCUGGCUCAGAGGCCGCUACCGCCAUACCCGUCAGACCGGACACCUUCGCCAAAACAGGAGACGGAUCCUCUUAAAGGGACAGAGGCAGCAGCUGUGGAGUGGCAGCUGCAGGACACACAUGGAGACAGACCGCCAUGUUCGGAUGCAGGGGGAGGGUUCACAGAGGGAUGGAGAGGGGGAGGAGGAGGUCGAGCUGCUUCCAAACCUGACCCCCCGCCGCAGAGCAGCAAACCAAACCUCCCCAAACUGAGGCAGAGACAUCGAAUCGAGAGCUCAGAGCCUCUGCCAGGUACCAAAGCCGUCUCUGUGUUUCUGCGCUGCAGGCAGAGAGGAAGAGCUCUGAUUUAUCAAAGUGUGCAGAAAGAAAGUUAAAGAUCUCUCUUUCAUUCACAGGUAUGGAGGAGGAGGUGGAGGUCGAGAGGGAUCCUGUAAAAACAGACAAAAAAGAAAAAAGAAAAGACUCGGAGGGUCAGCCUCCUCCGAUUCCAGAGAAGGUGACUUUUUUUUCUCCAUAAUUUAACAUAUUCUGUGUUUACAGAUAAGGUAGUGCACACAGUGAAUCUGAGGCUGUUUUUUAUCAUUAAAAGCAUAUUUUCUUGUCCCUGUUUUGUUUUUAAAUCCAACAAAAAGCCAAAGACGUCCACAUAUGUGAUUUUUCCAAAGGAAGCAGCCAAUGAGAGGAGCUUACCGCCUCCACCUGUGCCGCCCCCUGUGAGCAAACCUGCGCACGGAUUACCAGACCGAGCUGCAAGUCAAGGUAACUCUGAAAACAUACACAGACAGGAGGGCUCCCAUUGGCAUUAUCGGAAAAAGCUUCACAUGUCUGACUUCAAUGUUUGAGUCAUCUGUGCAUCAUUUUCAGCUGAAAUUAAGACUCACGGUUGCUCUGCCAAAAAAUGAUUAACAUCAAGGGGCAAACAGACCUUUGGAGGAAUACUUUAACAUUUUAGAAAAUAACCUAUGACUGUCUACUUUGUGUUACGAUGGUAUAAUUGAGAUCACUUUCAUGUCCACCUGUUACUUAUGCGGCUGACGUAGUUGUUCUUCUGUAAUAUCAUCAGAGUGGAUCUUUAAAGUUUACUUGACUUUUGUUUUAAGACCUCUUUAGAUGUAUCCUUGAUAAUUUAAUGUCAGUGUUAUAAAUAUUCAAAUAUUUUUCCUGUGUGUCGUUCAGGUGAUGAAGGCCUGAGACCUCAGGCUCCAGUCAAACCUCAGAGGAACAGGAAGGCCAUGUCCUGUGACGCUGGUACAAACACAAUGAUUUAUUCUUCCUGAUAGAAAAGGAUUCUGACAGAGCUGAUUCCUGUUUGUGUAUUUACAUGUUUAUCAGUGUGUAAAGCGUCUGUUUCUAACUGUUGAUGUUGUUCUUUGUCCUUACUGAACCCAGGCACUGACAGGGAAAGCCCAAAUAACGUUGAGAAGCCCCCAAAUCGAAAACCCCCUGUGAAAAAACCUAGACUACCCCAAAACAGAAAUAAGUCCAUGGAGGUGUCUGGUACAUGUCUCUCUGGUUUUACUUGUGUGUGAGUGAGUUUGUGUGGUGGGUGUUCGAGUGUGAGUGAAGUGUACAGGUUAUUGAUGUUGGUUGAAGAGGAAUUCUGGUAUUUUAAACCUCUCAUUUGUUUUUGCAUAUUUUGGGUUUGAACGUCCGUGAAAUAUCGCAAGGUUUUUAUUUACUGAAUGACAGCAGAGAAACAGACUGUAUCUUUAUCAUCAGAGGGAAUAACAUCUGAUCAAAGUGCUUCUAACAAAGGUAACUGCAGCUUCAGAAGUUCAGAAAAAUGUAUCUUUUGUUGGGUCACCUGAACUCAAACAAAAGUGACACUAAAAAGUGGCGUGUGCAAAAAUGUCCUAAUUCAGCUCCGAACACUUUUGGUCUCUCGUGCACUUUCAACUAAUGAGACCUUUUGGUUAGAUCAUAGGGCAUAGGCCUGGUCAGUGUCACAAACCAGAUGAUGCGUAUUCUUACAGCUUACAAACGUGGCAGUUAACACAAACACAACUGUACCUAUACUGCCUCCUUAGCUGAAUUUUCAUCCAUAUUGUUUUCUCUUUUUUUGCUGUAAAUCAGAACACUCUCUGCCGACUCGCUCGUUCUUCCUCACUGUUUGGCUUCUGAAGUGAUGUUUAAUAAUGCUAAUUUUUUGAUCUUGUGUCACCACUGUCAUACUGUUACUGCAAAUGCCAAGUGCGUGGUCUAGCAAUCUUUCGAAACCGCCUUGUGUGUCUCAGAGGGUUGUAAUAUUAAAAUUCAAUCUGAACUGUCCUCAGGAUUUUAAAUCAGUAUGAUCAAAGCGUUCCAUAUUUGGCCUAACCAAAGCCUGGUCUUUAGUUUUGUGUCAGACCUACACCAUAGCUACACCACAGUGGACAGUGCCGUCAUAAGCACGAUAUCCUAUUAUGCUGGAGUGUUUACAUCUCUCUGCAAUAUGCCACAUAAAUACUAGUCGGCAGUGUGAUCUCUAUCCAUGCCUUCAAAUAGGGCUGGGUUUACUGUGUGAACGCCUUCCUCUUGUCAAAGUCACAACACUGUAAGUUGAAAGUUUCUAGUUCACAAGUUGUGAAUUGUCUGGUGAAGUUUCCAUGAAUGGUGGAGCCAAUAAAUUCUAGUUUCAUAUGAUUAUAGCACAUAAUCAUGAAACUGGCAAGUCCUGUAGUUAGCAAUUAAGUUGGCAGAUGUUAGUGAGCGGUCGCUUGUUCAAUGUAGUUUGCACAGUAGCCACAUGUGGGCAGAUGUUAAUAUAGAUUAACUUUGUCAUCUUGUCUGUUUACUUAACUGUGGUGUUUGAGCCUGCGAAAGUCAGAAACAAGAACUUUUAUAUAAGCUGAAGCCUGCUGCUAAAACUCCAAAACCUCUGACAAAAGUAAAUGAUUUCAAACCCAAAAAUAUAAAAAAUAAACCAGGCUUAGAAAUAAUGGAAUUCCUCUUAAAAUUGUUAGCUGUAAGAAGACGUUAAAUUAAUCAUUUACCGAGUAUUUUUCUGUUAAGUUUUAACUGCACUGACACAUAAUGACCUGAUGCUUCCUCUGAUCAAAAAACAUAUUUCUGUUUCUCUUCACAGACAGCCUGAACUCGGCCUCCGGUCAGAGCGAGCUGUUGUGAUGGCCAAGAAAUUCACCCCGGCUGCAGCGUUGUCAUGAGAACUGAGGAGCAUUUCAUCUACAAGGAGCCAAAUAAAAAAAAAAACACACACAAAAAGAGGAGGAGGAAGACACAUGACAGAUAUCAUAAAGCGUCACUGAGUUCUGUUCAGACUCUUUGUCCUUCCACUCACCUCGUCUCUUUUUUUCCUCUCACCUGAAAAUGUUCGUGGCUUCGGUAUUUUCAGUCUUUGCUACGUUAGAAACCCGAGCGAUCAUUCGUCUUUUGUGUUGUUAGACAGUGGGCUGCCUGUGGGGGCAUUGUGGCUUUACUAGACAGAAGAUUUAGAAAGUCUUUAUUAUUAUUCAUAUUAAUAUUAGAAUGUGAUUUCUUAAAUCUGCAUUUUUGAUGCUGAAUCAGCUGACUGCCUCGGUUAACACUUGAAAAUAAGUUGCUUCUUAUCAGAUGAUGAUUUAUAUCUAGUUUUGCUUUCAGGAACUGAAAGGUGAUAUAUUUUAUAGAGAAAAUAAAUAUUAUGUAUGAGCACCCUUACUGUAUGAAUAAAACACUUAGAGAAAACCAGUUAA